GUACCGUGCUGGUUAUAAGCCCAUCUGCUGUCGAGCCUUUCCGCUCACUGUCCCCGCUGUCCUACGAUUCAUUGACCCGAGCGUCCCUGAUUUCCCGCAAACCGUGAAGAUGGCGGCCCGGGUAAGACAUAAGUAAAUUAUAUAAGAUGUAAAUAUGUUCGUGUUUAUUAUAACGGGGAAGAAACAGGGUCUAAAUGUCGGGAUGACGUCUCCUUCCUCCAAAUUGUGAUCAGUCUUGGUACCUUAUCGCCUGGAUGUCACAAUAACAGCAGAAUAUGGUGUUUAUUCUAUUUGAUGUUGCAGCUUUUAACCUUGGCAUGUGUCGAGCAGAUAAUUUUCCUUCAGCAGUGAAUAUUAGCCUCCGUAUCAGCCUGCUAAACAGCUACCUUCUCUGGGAGUAUCGUUGCUUAAUCCUGGGCUCUGCUUGUCCUUGAGCUGCAGAAAAACCUGCCACACACAGGCGCUUUUACGAGCUCCACGUAUAAAAUAACAGGACAAUUUGUAAAUGUGGAAAGUAAAGCUCAUAGGAGGGGGAAAAUCGUGUAAAUCAGCCCGCUUCAAGCAAGUCAGCAUGCAUUCGAUGUUUUGUCGGUCAAGACAACACGGUUUAGCGUUGCAGCUCGAGCCUCCUAUCUGCAGCCAGUGCGCGCUGUUUGCGGUGUGGAGGAGCAGUAUUGAGCGGUGCAUGCUUGACUGCUGGACUGUGUGCACAUAUUUGGUGAAUGGAUGUGUAGAAUGUCACGAUGUUUACCAGGAGGACAAUGCCAGGUAGAGGUGUGUCUAUGUGAUCACACCAUCACAAGCCUCUGUUUGUUUUUUUUAGUAGACUCUGAUUUGUCUUUAAUUACCCCCCAAAUGGACUCCUGUGGGGUUUUUAUCCUUAUCAUUUGGUCUAUUUUUAAUUUGGUGCAUCCAUAUCCACUUGUUGGCUGACAAACACAGCAAAAGAUCAUUUUGGGGUUGGGCAACUUGCUGCAGCAUAUAGCCUACAUUUCUACUCCUGGGGAAGGUAGAUUGGCAGUAAAUGUAGAUGUCUUGCUCUUUCACUGUAGCUAUAGUAUCCUUACGUCAUGGUUAUCCACUGAAAAAGCACCCAUUCUGCAGGUACACUGGAUUAUUUUCCUGAUUAGUCUGGUAUUAGUCUUCUCAAAUUCCUUUUAAGUAUCAUGGCUCUAAACACAGUGGUUUGAUAACAUAGUAAAUAGAUAUUGAGGAUAUCUUACGCCAGUGAUAUGGAGCAGACCCUACUGUCAGCAGCUAUUUAGGUGAGCUUAGCAAAAAUACUGAAUACAGACAGAAAAGUUAGUCUUUGUGCAAAACUAAGGACAUCUAUCAAACAAGACAUUACAAGCACAAAAAUGAUGAGGAACAUUUUAAAGGGUGAUUUUCAUAGUAAUGGUUGUGUCUGCUGGUUGUUUGGCUAGUAAGAUUCUGGUUGUAUCCUUAUGUAUGCCACCAUGGAAAUAGAAAAGUCAAAGAGGUUGAUGAGUUUAGUCAAAGAGUAGUGAUUAUAGCUUCAAAUGUCAGCCAUUUGCAAAGUUGCUUGUGUUUUUAUGUAAGAGGAGAGAGAGAGAGUCCUUUUUUUUUUAACCAGAAUCUUGCUGAUGUCAUGGUCAUGAUACAAGUUGCUAAAAGCUGUAGCAUUACUCAGCAAAAAGGUGUCAUACUGCUGAUGCUGUUUCGCAGGGAUUGACCAACAUACGCAGAGGGUGUCCUACGUAAUAAACAUUAAAUACGGUAUUCUACAAGCACAUUCAUAAGAGCUACUCAUGGGUUAAAACAUGGCAGAAGGUUGGUGCUUGUAUCAGAGGAGCUCUGAGCUGCAUAGCUGAGUAUCAGAUGAGCUGCUACAGUACACCUACAGAGGAAACUCUUACGCUGUCUGUGAAAAACAGUGUGCAAUGUAAGUUGGAGGGAAUUGCUGACCUGUGAGAGUCUAAUUUUACUGCAAUGCCCAGACAGACUACAACAGCAGCACUUUGUUAAACAGUCUGCCCACUGCUGUUCCAGAGCAGGCAUCUUGCUGAUUUGUGUACUGGCUCAACACCUGGAGGAACUCGAUCAAUACUACUUUGAAUGAUGCUGUGGUUUUAGCUCCCCAGUGUGUUUUACACGAUGAAUUAAUUUUUGAAUUUUUAUCGGUAAAAAUAUGCCUAAUUCAUGGUCAUGUUGUUUAGUUCUGUACAAAUAAACUAGGAGUGGAAAUGACAUUAAGCCAUAAGAUAUAACUAAGAUAUUUUUCUGUGUUUAGUUUCAUCUUUUACACCACAAGAGAAGAGGCUUUUAACAUAAUGAAUAACAACUCUUUUUGAGUACUGCUGGCAAAGAUUGAAGAAGUGCAAACUUGAAAUGAGUCCAUGAGCAGAACAGAGGCACUGAUAUCUGUCUAAACUCUAAUAAGAAUCCAGAUUUGUUAAAAAACAAUGGGAGAUAGUUGAAUAUCUUUGGCUGGUUCUGAACUUGUCUAGUUAUCAUGUGGCCUAUAGUUACUGAGUUUUUGGUUUAGUAAAUGAUGUCAUCUUGGUUUUAGAUGGGUUUAGUGCUAAUGUAGAUACAUGCUAGUUAGUUGUAUGUGGAAAUGUGAAAGCUAUUAAUUUAAAGGGAUAUGCAGACUUCAGUAUAAAAAGGGUGUUACUUGAAUGCAAAUGUUGACAAUAGGGCUGGAAGAUAUGGGAAAAAGUUUGUCAUGAUAUAUUUUUUUCAUAUCAGUCGAUAUCGACGUCACGAUAUAGAAAAAUUACUUGUCAAUCUUAAAUGUUCCCUGUUACUCUUACAAGAGAUUUAACAGUGUUUAUUGGUAAUAUGUCUUUUGCAAUACAAUAAGCUACUGCAUCUGUGAGGUCUUUGUGUCUCUUCGACGUUUUGUUGUAGAGCGUUGUGCUAGAGAAAGCGGACUGAAUGGUCGGUUCAGCAUGGCACGGACCCAGAGCAACUCCCCUUUUCAUUGGCUAUUCGUAUAGUCUACCAAAACAUGGCAGAAUGCUGGCUAUUGAAAAGCAUAUUGAGUAUGUUUCAUAUCGAUAUCGAGAAAAAAUCGCUUUUGAUAUAUAUCCUUAUCGUUUUAUCGCCCAGCCCUAGUUGACAAGUUGACAAAGGUGCAAAAUAUAAAAAUUUAAAUGAGAUCUUCCUUUUUUGCAUCCCUUCCAGAUGCAGCUGGAAAAAGGUUCCUGAAAUAGUCCAGUGCACCUGUGUUAUGUUUACAUGUUAAACAGGUGCUUCAUGUGUCAGAGUUUUGAUCUUGUCUCUAAAAUACAUCACACUGUUAUGUGAGAGCAUGGGAAGAGGAGUAGCUGUUAUAUACUCUUCCUCUGGUGCAUCCAGCAUGAGUCAACAGUGACCAACGGCUUGAUGGUUGAUGCUACACACACACAUUGUUAACACACGUACACAAACACACACACCCUUCAACCCCCCCGCCCCUGGCCCAGCAGAGCAUGCACUGUUGCUGGGCAUACUGCAGUUUGUCAGAGGAUGUCAGGACAAGGCAAACAGCUCCACACUAUGACUACAGGGGAGCACAUCAGUACACACUGAAGGUCAAACAGAAUUCAGGAAAACAUGUAGUUAAUGUUCUAUAAGCCUUGCUGUGUAAAUAUUCAUGUUGUGUGAGUACAGGAUUGUUAAAUCUCGAUCAUCUCACCAAUUUCUGCGCCUUUUCUCUCUUCCAAAGCAGGUGAUGGCCUUUCAACAAUCAGCCUGUUUGACAAAUGUGUUCAUACAUUUUUCAUGGCUUAAACAAUAAUCUGCUCAGAAAGCUUUCAGUGGUUGAAGAAGAUGUGUGUAGUCUCUGAAUAUUGUCAAGCCUCUGGCACUGACUCUUUGUAUCUGACCUUAUGUGAAUCAUCACCGAGGCCUAAAUAAGAAACACUUUGGUUUGUCUGCUCUGAAGCCAAUCCUUGGCUGGCCUUUAGCUUGCCUCAGGCAUGAAAGUCUCCCUGUAUCUCCAGUUGCAUAAGUGAUUUUGUCUUUGAAGACAGUGUCUACAGCAACACGACUUCACACCUAUCUUUGUCUUUCGUCGGCUAUCAUCUUCUCAUGUUAUGUCAAAGUAAACCGGUCAUAAGCAGACUUGUCAAAGCGGCCUUUAUUAUGCAUGUUAGGUAUCCAAGAACCAAUGCAAAGCCAGCAAAGAGGAAAUCUCACACUGCAGCACAAGUAGAUUCAAGUAACAUAAAGUCAUGUGAUUAACUUGGCAAACAUGUUCACAGACGUGGAUUGAAAAACACAAACUCAAAUUUCACAUGAAGGUGUAAUUUGGGCUGAAAACUGUCGCCUGCUGAGGUGGAUGUUUGCAGACCAUUUAAGCUUUUGUCUAUAUGACCUGGUGGUGUCUCGACAUGUGCUGUGCAGUUACAAAGAAAAAAAAAGGAAAACAUACAGAUAAUGUUUUGGCAUGGUAACAGCUCAUGCUUCUCCUGGGGUGCUGAUGCAUAGGAUGCUUUCUCUUGAUUGUUUUCUGCUACAUUUCUCCAGUAAGUUUGUGAUCUAUUGGAAGUACCCUUUGUAUAUUUUCAAACUAAAAGCAGAUUUUUUGCCAAACAGGGUACAAAGUUAGAAAGGCAUGUGAAGGUAGAAGAGGUGAGAGAUAGAGAGAAAUUGCUACAACUAAUAGUUUAAUAGACAUAUGUCACUUAUGAUUAGGGAUGGGCGAUAAACCGAAAAUUGACCAAUUACGAAAUUUACGACAAUAACCAACAUCAUUUUGCCCGUAUCAGUAUAAUUGGUGUCAAAAAAAUAAAUAAAAGUUGGCUUUGGAUGUGUGUAGGUAGGCUAUGGUCUCAUGUCCCUUUAAGAUGCUGUCCUACAUCAGAGACGUGACUCCACCCCAUCCAGUCAGUAACAAAGAGGGAAAGACAGGUGAGGAGAUGGAGGAUGAUUUAAAAGUUUUAGCAGCUAGAGCAGCAGCUGAAGUAGACGAAGUUAAUGUAGGAGGGGGUGAGCAGCUUGUGGAGUAGUUAUUGUCUAUUUAUCGUUAUUGAGGUGAACUGCUCACUAUACCGUGAUAUUGAUUUGAAGCCAUAUCGCCUAGCCCUACUUUUGAUUGUUGGGCAAUCUGUAUUGUAUCAAUUCCACAGCCUAUCUGUCAGGAUGAAAUCCAUGGGAGUUAUAUAAAACAUGUAUGUUUUUAUGUAUUUUGAAACCAAAUUGCACCUACUAAGCUGAAUGUGUGUGGCUGAUAAGAUUGUCUUAAACUAGGCUUUAGGGUUAAUGUAACCCCAGGUUUUCUGUCUUUGCCUCUUGCACCUUCAAGUCAGGGAGGAGCAGUAGGGAUCACUCGGACAGACUCUAGCUGUGGUGGGGACUAAUGUGGUAUCUUUGGUACUCUGGCUGUACCCUAUGGUCCUUCAUACAGCUGCUGGAUUAAACUUUGAAUUUGUCAGAAAUUACACAUAAAAUGUAUUUACCUAAAACUCACUUCACUUGCUCCGUGUUUCUCUUUGACACCUGAAAUCUGUUUUUGUUUGGUUAGAAGUUUUUAUCUGUUUUUUUUUUUCUGUGCAGACUGAGCUUUCUUUGAACACAAAUAUUGCUACUACUGUCACAGUGACUGUGGCUGCACAGUGUGAAACAGCUCAACCUGAGUUUGACCUCAUGUGGAGCAUGGACACUAACCAAGUUUCCACAGCACCUGAGAAAGAUUGUCCUCUCAUUAGCCUGUGUGACUGAUCACAGACAGCAGAGUGACUCAGAAGUGAGAAGGAAGAUAGCAUUUAUGUGAGGGACUUUUCAGCUGUAAACUCAAGCAACAAACUAAAUAGAAGCGCUGAUAGAAAGGCGCUGCAACACAAUAAAAGUCAGUAGGUGCUGUCUGUUUGAUUGAUGAUCGAUGUAGUCGUGUCAAACCAAUUAAAAGAGCUCCUGUGUGUUUGUUUGUAAGGUAAGAAAAGAAGAAAAAAACAAGGCUUUCUGUUGAGAUAAAAGAAGUGAGUGGGCUGUGAAAGAUGUCAGCUCUCCUGAUGUGUGUCUCUCCUCCCCUGUGGGCUCUUUUUCUGCCCUCCUCUCUCAUUAAAGAACAGUUUACAAACUGUGGUUUACUUUUCUGUUUUCAGCCAUCCUUCGCUCAACAGCUUUUCAGCUGGAACCUCCUUUUUUUUUCUUGCUCCUGCAUCUGAUUCAGCGCCCAAACCAACAUUAAAAGGACAGGAGAGAGUGUUGGGGAGGUUGGGGCUGUUAGACCGCCUCUGUUGGGUCCUGUAGAUGACAAACAGGCUCCUCCCUCAAAACAGCAGAGAAAAAUUCAGCUUUAGUCAUCUAAAAGCUUUGGUUUGGGUAAUAAUCUAGAUACCAUGUCGUUUAAGAUGCGAUGUCAAAUAGAUUUAAAUGGCUCAUUAAGAGGGCCAUUAAACUAAUAUGUUGCUGUCUUGCAUUUGAGAUUUAUAAUGACACAGUUUAGACAAUGUGUGUAAAAAAUAUCACUUCACCUCCAGCCCCCUCUCAUGGGCAUGCCUCUCGGUUUUCUCCAUACAGACCUCAUUUUAUCACCCAGGAACAGUUAGUUACCUCAGGGAUUGAUUAUUAAUGUUGGUGGUAGAGAGAGUUUAUUUCAAAACUAAAACAACAAUGAGGAGAAAAGGGCUGAAAAAACAUGCAAAUUAGAAAAUUAAAAGAUUUAUUGUGAUUUAAGUGAUUUAUCACCCUUUAAAAACUGAUAAAUCAGUUUAGUAUGAUUUUUUUGGUAUAAAGCUAUUUGAAUUCAUUGAAGUUUACAGAUUCAUUUAUUAGAGGAUAAAUGUAUUUAUUACAGAAUAUUGCGGUGACUUACAGAUCACCGAAGCUUCAACUAUGUUGAACAAGAUUUCAUCAAUCUUCUCUAGAUAUUAAUGGUCCCAUUAUCGUACUAGUCUUAAUUGUGUUGCAGUCACUUAGAAAUAAACAAGUUACUGAGUUAGUUCAGAAGAAUGCAUGUCUAUUUUUAUUUUUUUCAAUUUCCAAUGAGGCAUCUUUUUGUUUAGUUUAGGAUUUUUCAUUUGAAUGAUGGCUGAGGUUCUUUGUUGCUACUUUACUGGAAUAACAAGCUAACACCACAAAAACCAAAGUGCCCUCACACACAUCUGUGGACGAUAUUUCAUGAAUGUUUAUUUAUUCGAGGGCACUUUAUCUUACGACCAAUGGUUUUCCUGGCUCUUGGGAGCCAGUCCAAGUUUUAUUGAAUGCUGACGGGGUAAUCAGAUGCUAAAUGUGCUGGCUGAAAGAAAAUGAGAUGCAGCAGCUUUCUAACGUUUUUUUCCUGUAUGUGUGCAGAAUAUUUUGCCUACCUGAAACAGUCUGAUUGACAAAGCGAAUCGCUUGUUGUCCUCUGAAAACGCAUGCUUUGUAUGCCAGGGCGUGACUGGGAAUCCAUGUUUUGACGUGUGUGACUGAGAGAGUAAUGGUUAAUCCCCGGCUGUCUGGAUGCAGGCAGGGCCUUCCUCUGUGAGCUCUGAGCUGGAGCUAUAUUUAGAGAGCGGUCCUCUGCUGCAGGGCGGUCUACACAACAAGAAACACACAUUCUCACACACACAGUGUUGAUAAGUGGGCUCAAACACAGCAAAUACACAGAUUUACACACACACACACACACACACACACACACACACACACACACACACACACACACACACACACACACACACACACACACACACGUAUGCUUUGUCUAUGUGUGAGUUAGUGUGUGUGUUCAGACAGGAGCAACCUGCAGAUGUGUCUGAGUUUGUUUCCUUACCCAGUUAUUGUCCAGUUAACAGGAUAGCAGCAGAGUUAGACAUUAUCCCUCCAUUAUCUUAUCCUGUCUAGGGUUUUGGGGGCGGAGCCAAACCCAGUGUCACGAAGCAAAGAGGCUGCGUACACCUUUGACAGGUCACUGGUUCAUCAGAGGGUUUACACAAAGGGAUUAAAAACCACACACACACACACACACACACACACACACACACACACACACACAAGCUUACACCUACUGACGAUUUGGAGACUCCAAUUAACCUGAUGAGCACAUGUCCAUGAGCACUAUGGACUUUUUAUUGCAUUAUGAGUUCACCCACUCACCCACUCACCCUCUUAUCCAUGAGUGGCUCUUGUUGUACUGGAAGUAGCUAUUACAAGAAAUAUCACAUAUAUUGUAUAAAUUGGUACGCUAUCUGAUUAAGAAAAUCUUGUGGAGACGACAGGUGACCAGUAGAGGUGGAUGACAUGAUCAUAUUAGACAGGUGUGGUUUGUUUGUACCUCAUCAUGACUAAGUCCAGUUUCCAGUCUUACUGUAGCAUCUUGACUGUUUUUUACAUCAUGUCUGUAGUGUUUGUGAGGAAAUGGCAUGGCUACUCUCUUAUAGCGACAGAAACUCAAAUUGCCUCACAAGGACAACUGAAAUUUGGUCCAACUAACUACAGUACAGGCUGAGAUUACAACACUGAAUGCUGGGCCAGCACAUUAGCCCAAAAACAUUGAAUGGCAUGAACAAGAAGCUAACUCUUAACCCUGUGAUCAUUUUUGUGCUGUGACCUUGAGCGGUGGUUACCUGAGAUCAUCAGUGUGUGUCCAUGAGGAGCAGGAGAGUGGGCAGAGAGCACAAAGAUCCCAAGAAAAGCUUGUAUCAAGACUCUUAACACUCAUAGAAGGCAAAGCUACACAUGUGUAUUAAAAUCUUGGUCUGAAAAAGCGGUUUUAACCAAAAAGCUGAAUUUUGGCGUAGUAAGUGGUGGUGCAUGGCAUCACUGUAUAUGCAUUUUCAUUCUUCUGAAGCAUAUAAACCGGGAACUGCCUGUUUAGUGCAUACUUCAACAAUCUUAUGUCGGACAACUAUGAGAGUGGAAACAUGUCUGAGGAAACAGCAACAGAAUUGAAGUCUGUUUUGCAGCGUUGAUAUAGGUCUGGGGUGAUAUAACUUUAAUCCUUAUCCUCGUCUCUGCCUUGCUUAUUGUUGCUGACUUUGCUGGAACAGAACGACUAUCAAUGUAAUUCAUUUCACCAGUAAGCCUAAGGUCAAAGGGUCAAAGGUUACUUUAUUUGUACCCUUAGGUAAAUUUUGUUUGCAGUGAAUCACAUGUAUGACAGUAGAUGAACAAACAGCACAUUACAUGCAACAAGGCAUUAAGUGACAACAGUGCUCGGGGGUAAGAGAUUAAAAUGAAUCAAAUUAUCAAAUGAGACCAAAUCAAACUCAGUCAAACCAAAUAAAAACCAACAGAUCUCAAGGUUUCUUCCCCGUGUUAAUGUGCCCGAUGGCUGAUGGAAUAAAACUAUUUUUGUUAAUAAUGUUAUUAAUGUUAUGUGGUCACAUCAUUAUGACAGUGGGGGUAAUUAGCCCAGCCAUUAUUGGUUAAAAGUUCAAUACACUGUUUCAAUGAUAUUAAUAUGGUCCCCAUCCAAUAUUAAAAUCCACUUCUGACCAGGGAUGGAUUCUUCUGAAAGUAAUUAAUGACAGUAUGAGGGCCACUCAGGGUGGUUUUUAAACAACAUGCCACAUCUACUUUUUUACACAUAUUUACACAUGCUUGACGCCAUGUAAGGCCAAUAAUCAGCUGAUCAGUCACACGAUCAUACACUGUAAAGUUAGCAAUUUAAGAACAAGACUCUUUGACACAGGGAUCAUAUCCUCAAAGUAGUGGAAAACCCACUUCACAUCUAAGCCACUGUCCCCUCAGAGUAUGCCGAUGUACUGUGCAAAAAUGUAUUUUUUAUAGAUACUUAUUUUGACAUCCUUUUUCAUACUUUUUUAAAGCUAAUAAUAUAACUUAAAAGGUCUACUCUGUUUAAUCAAAUUUUCUGAUUAACUUUGAUAAGGAGCCCUUGAAUAAAUGGACAUCAAAUUAGAUCAGAGAGGAAAGCACCACCACCGGCUGCGAGAGCUGAUGGCAGCCAGUGUCCUGAAACCUCCUUGAUUUAUUACCAUCUUCAGCAGAUGGCUGCCAAGGAAUUACUUAGCAUGAUUCAUUUAAAUUGAAAAGUGAGCUGCUCUUAUAUGCAGUUUAUUAAUUUCAUAAUGUGCUCAGUGAGAGCGGGAGGCAGAUACUGAGUUUGUUUUUCCUGGUUUUUAGUGCAAAAAAAUAAUGAAUCGACAUGGAUUUCAUCAUAUUUUUGACUUUCAUGACCUGUAUCAACAGCAAACAGCUUGUUGAAUAAGAGAAAGCCGUGUCAAGCCCUGUAUGUGCCCUAAAUGUAAUUAUGGAAAAUCUGAGAGAAAAACAAAAGUCUUGGGAUUGCACACAGCGCUGUGAUAAUUAAUUGCUGAGUCUGGCUCAUAUUUCAGUCAAAGUUAGGCUUCAAACAGUGCUUUCAGAUUUAAUUAGAGAGACGGAAAAGCAACAAAUCUGCUUCAUAAUGAUUUUGUCUGAUAGUCUGUGGCAUUAUUACCUAGACACCCUGAACCUUUGACUCAGAUUGAUUAACUCAAGUAAUUAAGGUUCAGAGAUGAUCAAUCAUCAGCAGAUUUUAAUUUCUGUGCUCUGCUUUGAUAAAACAUCUUCUGAAAAGUGACUUAAUUCAGCUUAAGCUUUCUAUCACAUCUAUCACAUGACAUGUCCAGCAAAACCAAUUACCAGUACAGUGCAAUGCAAACCACAUGACAAAGAUCCUCUAGUCAUCAAGAUUAUUAUGUUCAGUUUCUGUUCAGACUGUUUUACAGACAGAAAUUGAGAUUUAACUGCAUGAUACUGUGGAGGUUUGUUGAUUUCUGGUUCUCACGAGCUGUGAAGCAAAUUUAUUUAACAGGACUGAAAAAAAUUACGCGUGUCACGAUUUUACAAACUUAGAUUUCAGGGUCAUGACUCGAUUUGAUUCAAUUCUCGAUUCUUUUUCUUAAAGCACAGGGGCCUAUGCCAUUUUUAGACUAUAGUCUCGUCUACAAUCAUUGGUUUUAUUCAUUACAUUUUGUACAGUCAAUCUUAUUUCAAAAGAUGGGCUACAUACAAGUAAUACAAUUUCCAUUAUUCUUGUGUAUUGUCUCACAUUAUGCACUAAUGGUCAGAUUUAAAUAAUUUAUUUAGCAAUCUUGUUUUCAGUGAAGUGAAAACAACAAAAACAAACAUAACCACAAAAAUGAGAACUCACAGAGACUCACGUUGGCUACAAUGUGCGGCAUUGUCAUUUGCUUCCGCUUUGCACACCUCCCAGAUGUGAAGGGAGGGGAUUGUCGAUCCUCUCUUUGAUUUUGAUUAUCCAGACGAUGACGUAAUUCUGAUUGAUACCUGUGAUACCCAUAAAAAAGAUACUGAAUUAUUUAAUGAUGGAUAAAAUACGGUCAUUUACAUGAAUCUAAGUUUGUUUUCAGUUUGACUACUUCAUAAUUGAAGUCAAUUGAAUGCACAUCAUACAUGCUUCGCAGUCGCUAACCUUACACUGUUGGUACCUAAAAUCAGUAUUGAUCUCAUAUUAACUCUGUUUCAGCUUCACUUGGGCUCUGCUAAAACCUUAGGGGAGGAUAAAUGAUAGACUUAAUAGCUGCCAAAUGGUUUGUCAUGUUCAUAAGCUCACUGCUAACUCUGUCAGCCAGUCUGUUGGAAGUGGGGGUUGAUCACCCAAAGAAAAUUAGUGCCAUACAGUGAGGCUAAUGCAUAAUUAAGGAAAACUGUGGUAUCUUGAGACUGACUCCAAUGACCAAUGACCAGGAAUCUCUUUAUCACUGUGGUAGGACCACGGAUCAUAAAAUAAACAUCAUAGUGUGUUUAAGUAGUUCUAAAACCAACCACUGAGAAGUAUGGUCAUGUGUGGUUGUUUUCUCAUGUGCUUCAAAAAAAAAUCAACCUGCUGCUGCUGGCGGUGGAGCCUCCCUGAGGUUGUCCAUUGAAAAAAAAAUAAGGUUUUGGCACAUCUGCAUUGGCUUUACAAAGAGGCUUCAGAACUUCAGAGAUGGGUCAAGUUGAACCAAACAAAACUACAACAACUUCCUUAAAGACACUAUAACGUUUAGUGGAGCUGCGUCGGAAGAUCUCAUGUUGAACAUUUUAACAGAAGACUAUAAGGAGGUAAAGGUAAAUAGCUUAUUUUUCAGGGAUGUUUUGCACAUUGAAAAUAUGAUGCACAAGGAGUCCCUGGACAGUGGACUAUUGGAUAAAAACAGAAUAUACUGAUGCCUCCAAGAAAGCACAUAUACUAUCCAUGCUAUCCAUACCACGCUAUCCCUGCCUCAUAUGCAGCAGUGGUUGUGUUAGCAUCGAUUACAGACAUCUGGACAGAUACAACCCCUGAGGUCCAGUGGGAUGAAUAAUUUACUUGGAUGGUGGGAAUAGGAAUAUUUAGACGGCAGAGGAGCAGAGCUGAAGGGAGUGGCUGUUUUUUCAUUACCCUGCCCUGCUACUGCAGUGUAACACUUAGAGAGCUGGAGAGAAAUUUACUGCGAUAGAUUUUAUUGUGCUCCCUGAACUAGAUGGCAACAGUUGAGCAGCUGAGGGAACAUGGUUUAUAACCUUGAAACAGCAUCUCUACAGACAGAAGGUGCAGAAAGUGACUGAUCAAUAAAACCUGAAAGACUAAACUGAAGAGAGAUGCAAGAAAAGAUGGUUUUGUGCGCAAGAAGGAGACACUGAGAGAUGAUGUGGAAAAUAAGUCUUUUCAAAGCACACAGAUCUUGUGGUGGCAGUAAAUAUGAAGACACACUGCUUCAGAAAAGCAUCCUUCGAAGAAAUAAAUGUAAAAACCUGAGCCAGCAGCACCUUAGAAGAAGUCUUUUGACAACAUAUGUUCUCAUAACAGCAGUCUAGACUAAACAGAGACGAAACAAGGUGCUGUGUUGGAGUUUACCAAGCAGAUGGACUUUUUAUCAUCUUUGUGACCAAGCUGCAAUCACAACCCACUUCACUGAGUCUUUGCAUCUGUCUUUCUAAUCCUAACAGAAGAAUUAUAGAAAGAUGAAAAGUGGCAAGAAAGCAUGGUUAAACACACAGAAAGAAAAUAAGAAUGAACAUUUACUACUAACACAUGGUCUUCAGGGUAUUUUGCCUUUAUUAUUAGUGAAAUCAUGAGGUAUUUUGUAUGACUUAUAAGUAUUUAGUACAGGGCGUCUAGCAGCUGGUUUCCUCAGUUUAGCAUAAAGUCAAACUGUUGGAAGUAGCUAACCUGGCUCUGUCAUAAUGUAACCACAUUUACCAGCCCCUGCACUUGGUAACCUGUUAUAUGUUUGCCUACUGGGGUUAAUUCAAAAAUGCUUUACUGCUCGAGAUGGGUUCCUCCUGGCUUUAUUUGACAACCAGCUGACUAGCUGCCGGUUUAAUACAACUAAGUACCACACUGCUUUUCUGUGACUAUAUGAAUCCCUAUCUUUCCUUAAAACCAAAUACCAAUCUUGACCUGGUAUUUUACUAAAAUGAUUAACUUUAGAUAUAAACAAGAACUGGUUAGGUACCUAAACCAGGUGACUUAGUGUUUGUAGGGAAAAUUUAGUGUUGCACAUUAUUUGAUUUUUGCCAUAAUCUGAUUUGCCAAUCUUUUCAAACUCCUUUAGUUUAAUACUGAUACUCCAUAUCCAGGUGCAUCAUUAUCCAGUGGAAGACUCCAUCUGCCACCACUCUGAAGGGCUGGUUACUAAGAGUUGGAAAAUCUGUGAUUUUCUUGCCAAGCUCCUGUAAAUUUGUUUGGUCGCUGUUUUAUGUAACAGCUUUGAUAAAUUACUGAAGGAGAUGCUGCUGGCAGGUUCACUGGUGCCUGCACCAACAGGACUUUGUGUUACUCUGUAAGGUUGCGGUUUUGGGUCAGAACUAAUUUGAUGUAAAUAGAACCUUGAACCCGAAUAUGAACAAGCUAGCUGCUAAAUGAUCUGCAACAGCUGAAGAGAGAAAUGUGCACCAAAUCUGAUUUUGAGAAAGUGUUUUCUUAAACAUAUAGAUUUUUUUAAAUGCAACAGUGGAAGAGGACUAUGUGCUUCAAAAAGAUUAGAUACCUGCAUUGACGCAAUUAAGCUGCAGAUUUAGAUAUGCUGAGAAUUCAAAAAUGUGUUUGUGUAUAUUGGAAGCAAUUGCAAAAGAAAAACAAAUAAAAUUGAGCUGAGGCUGCCGAAGUGCUCAGGCAUACAGGAGCACUCAGUGAAAUACGUUUGUAUUUAUUUGAGCAAACGUUUUAUUUUUUAUGGGAAGGAAUGACAGAGCAGAACAGAAACUGUUUCCCCCAACCCACAGGGGAAAUCACUUUGUUUGAAGACAUUGACAUAGUGGGCAUAGACAGGAAGUAAGAUUACCGUAACUGUGGCUGUAGAGAUUGAUGCAUCUUCGCAAAGUACACUGCAUUAAGAGCCUAACAGCAGAAGGAGUCCGCUAAUAGUGCAAUGAGCAGGGAUUAUUUCCAAACCUAAGGUUGUGUUUUUCUUGUGUCAUCAACACUCCUCUGGCGGUAUUCAUUAUUACAUGGUCUGAUAAUGUUCACUGCUUCAUCUUCCUCACUCUCAUGAGAAAUUAAAUUAUAUUACCUGUUCACUUCAGUGAUUUGAGUUGCGUGCAGCACAGUCAUAGCUAGACUUUUUGAUUUUGUCUUUCAUAUUUGUUUUCUUUGUGUUUGUGGAUACAAAUUAACACAUUAGCAGCUUGUUUGCUGUAAAAGCAGCUGUUUUUAAUGUAUUUCUGCUAUUUGUCUUUUAAUCGUGUUAUUUCACUGGCAGUACAUUUCCGCCUCUGCAUUUGUUUGUGACUUUGGCAGGUGUCCACCAAUUUGCACGAUUCCUGAGUGCACUUCAUGUCUCUCAUAAUGAACAUUAUGUGGGAUGUUGUAGAUUGGUUAGUCCUGUCAGCCUCCGGAGUUUCCACUCUCCCUGCUAUGCUAAGCUACUCUUGUUCCUGUCUGCAGCUGCAUUGUACAGCACACACACUGGAGUGGUAUCGAUCUUUCUCCUUUCUAUUUCUGGAUACUUGUGAAGGGAAUACCAUCAAGUAUUAAAUAAUAACAUGGUUUGCACCUUGCUCUGCUCUUGAAAGGAUACUUUCUGGAAGUUUUAUUCCCUUAGGAGUUAAAAAAAAGGUGUCAGACUCAGCUCAGAGCUUCCUGUAGGCAAAGAUAGACUCUACUUAGGAACUGGAGAAUUCAAAUGGUGGAUUGACGCAAGAAGCUGAAAUGUUUCCAUGUAUUUUCUGCUGAUAUUGUUACACAACCUGUGAUUUCUUGUCUGUUUGAGCAUGCCGGCUGAUGCUUACUGAUCCAGUCCAAUAAUCACAGCAAUACAUUAUUAGACCUGUAAUAAUAGGAAUAGAGUGUGGAUCACUUCUCUUCCUGCACCACAGGGGAAUUAAAUUCUGUUGCACAAUAUAUGGGAUUUCAACUGUAUUUAUCCAUGAUUGACUGAUUUUUUAAUCCAAUGAAAUGUGAUAUUUAAUUACAAACAAAGGCAACCCAUAGUGACAGUUUCUGUUCCCAGUAUGGUCACACUAAGGACAUUCACCCCUCAUUCUUUAACAAUUACCUUUCACCCAUUACAGAACAAAAUCCCCAGAUUUCAUUCUCCUGUAUCCAUGUCUCUUACCACAAUAAGACAGCUGGUAUUUUGUCCUUAAUGUGGGGAAGAGUUACAUGUUCAUGUGGAAAUCAUAACACUGUUUGGUUGGCAUUACACCCUUCAAAUGGCUCACACCUCCAUUCCACAACCAGAUUUGGGGUCAAGUUUGUAACUGAAAAAUCCAGAAAACCAAGCAUUUGGAAAAAGACAAGAAAAGGAGAGACGGAAAUGUGUCAUAACAGAAAGUUUUGCAUGCAAAAUGGUUUUGAGUCAAACUUAAGAAAGCCCCAACUCUGGUCUGCAUGUACCCGCUAUAUCCCAGGUAAUUUCUCAAUGUGAGCGAGAGCCUGGCCCGCAUUGCCCUCUGUGAAUGCACCUUCAAUGCACCUACCCUAAGCCCACAAAGCUUCGCACCUCAGCUUCAGCAGCCUGCUGCACUCAGUCGCCCUCCGUCUCAAAUACUGUCUUCUGUGCUUCCUCUCUGCUUGCCUACGCUGGCGCCCGAAAGGUCGUAAUAUUUUUCAAGGUAUGUAUGUGUACACACGUGUUAAACUGUCCAAACCAGCUGCCGUAUUUGCUGUUUCUGCUCGCUGGCGUGUUAACUGUCUGUGGUUCUCUGACUGGAUAUGGUUGUAUAUAGAGGAUGUGCAUCGCUGCUUUCAGCCCCCUGCUGUAGGCUGGAUAGCUCGCCAGCACCUCAGGAAACAGGCAACCAUACAUGUAGCAGCAACCCUAGAGUGUCUGACACCAUUGCAACCAGUGACUGAGCUGCAAUGUCAAGUUGUUGUCACAUGCUGACUGAAUGGAAAUGCUUUUAGCAUCCAUUAAUCACCUCUCCUGUUGCUCUGCAACUUAGAGCAAACUCUAUUUACUUGUUUUUAAGUUCUGUAUUUAACUUUGAUAGGAUGAAAAAGUAUAAACAGUGCGGUAGUCUUGCUAGCAUUUUAAUGGCUGAAUAUGAAAUGAGAGUUUAUGUGAUAACGAGACUUAAUUUUGAGAAAACGUACUGCAGCUUAAGCCAGUUUAUCACAGCCAGUCCUUAUGUGAUGGCUUAUGUGUUCAUUCAUUUUAGGUUUUCGGCUUCAACUCAAACUCUGAGUUAUUUCUGACACUUUCGCUACGAUUUCAGCUCCAUUUAGCUGUUUGACUUUAGCUGAGUCUAUAAAGUAGUUUCAGUAAAAAAAACUCAUUCAUCCUUAAAUUUAGGGAUGUCCUGACCCUGAUCUCAUCCAGUAAAUCAAAGCUGAUUUGGGCAUGUUUCUAACUGAUCAAUGGUCAGUGUUUCGGCUGAUUUUCUCUCUCUAAUCACUUACCUUAGCUGUCACUGAGCACAGUUUGGGAAGUUAAAGGUUUGCCUGACUGUAUAUGCUUAAUGACGGGGCUUUACAAUACUGGAAAAAAAAACUAAUAUUGCAACCUUUUCUUUGUUCCUGCAAUAUAUAUUGCAAAAUAUUGCAAUAUACAAACAUACAGGGAUUUGUAUCAGAUAAAUACAGUGUCUUUUCAGUGCUUACAGUCAACUGAAAGUUACAAUAACACAGUUGAACUAUUUCUAAUUUAAACCUUUCAUUCUGUUUGAGGAUGUCAAAUCAAAUCCCCCUCCUACACCGUAUUCAGCCCUUCGACAGCAGCUGUGACACGCCCAUGCAGAUUCAAGAAGACACACAAAUGUGUCUCCACAAAUGGGUAAAAUGUCAAAAUCUAAAAAUGACAGCAUAAAAACGGUCUAACACUGACUUGCAGUUCAUACAACACAAUGGUUUGGCAAGAUAGUAGUAGCAAAAUAAAAAUGCAACAGAGUAUGAUUCACCGAAGUGAAAGACUCUUGACUUCAAAGGAGGAUUUAAUAUCCCGGAGAGAGCGAAAAGGCCAAAUAGACUUCAGAGGAGGUGGUUGAAUUAAUCUCUCUGGACAACCAGGCCAUCACUGAGGCAGGGAUACAGGUUUUUACCAUUGUGUGGACACACACUGCCUCAACACCACAGAAUCUUGUAGUUAGUUUGUCAGUUUUGAGAACUGACAUUUGUCCAAUGUCACUGCUGAGCCUCACUGCAUAUCGGACUGACUCCCUCCCUUUUUAAUUAAGGUGAUCCAGGUCAAAAACAGUUUUGUUCAAAGUAACAUUGAGUUUAGAUGCAAACUGUGUAAAUAGUUUCAUGGUUCUCAUACAGCAGAGCAUAUGAAACAGAUCAAAUGUGUGUUUUACAACAAUGCUAGCUGGACUACUUUAAAUAGAAAAAAACUAAAAUGACUCAGUCUUUUUUAUUUCUUUAUUUUUUGUGAACAGGAAAAAAGGACAUCCAAUGUUCAGUUCUUUUUUCUUGGCAAAUAUUAGUGAUUGACUGGGACUUGGUAUUGUAAGAUACUCAAGACUAAAAAUUAAAUCAGAAAAUCAGGGGGCCAAAAAAUAAAACUGACUGUCACAUGGAGUUUGGAAGUUGUCAAGUGAGGUUUUUAAGAUAUAUUUCAAUAGUACAGUGUUCAGUUGCUGCAUUUAGGGGUCAAUUUGACCUCAUGCUUCAGCCACUUUCCAUGUUUAAAUAGAAGUUUUUGCGUUACUGUCAGACAGUCACUUUAUUUCGGCUGGAUGAGACAAACGCUCAUACAGACAAACGCUGACUAUGAUGUUUUAUCUACCAGCGAUUUAAAAAAAACUUAUUUUUCCAGAACAUCCUCUUCACCUGUCAAAGUUAUCCAGUCCUCUACAUGCACUGGUACACUGCACACUGGAUCUGCCAUGUUACCCAACUUUAGAUCACAUGUUCAAUUUCUAACCUCCAUGAAAACCAAAAUAACCCUACACUUAAAACAGAUUGGUAUUAUCUAGCAAGAUUGGUUUACAUCACAUUACACAGAUUAAUAACCCUAACCCUAUAUCUAAUUAUGUAAAAGUUUGACUCUGACUGGAACAUGAUUUCCGUACAAAUAAUGCAAAGUCUUUUAGGUAGUAACCCAGAUGCUCUCUUGGCUAACAGUUGUGAUACAUUUUUCACUUCAUCUGGAGAAGAUGGUACUCUUAGUGCAAAUAUUUUCACGUUGCUUCUGCUGUUUACUGCUCUCUCUGUCUUCAUCUGUAUUGAUUUCCUGCCACUUUUCUCUCCCUGAAAAAGAAAUAUAGGUAUCCAUUACCACUAAGUGUUUUCAUGGUGUUUCAUAUUUUUGCUACAUGGUGGGUUGUUUUUGUCGCUCUGGUUCGAAGCAUACACUUUGACAUGAAAAGGAUUGAAGAGAAACCAGUAAUAUCUAAGAUGUUGAAAAAUAAAUGAAGGAUGUUUAGGAUGUUUGCAUCUGAGCUACAUCUACAAAGCAGCUUUGAAUCUCUGAUCUCUGGAAAAAAAAAGACAAUUGAAUAACAAUUGACAAUUGAAUUUUCCUUCGGGGAUUAAUAAAGUUAUUCUUAUAACAAUUGCUCAUUGGUUUUCAGUACUUAACGGAGCGAGAUUGUCAUGGGAAGACCCAGUGUUGUCAUAUCUAUAAAAAAAUAUAUAUAUUUUUUUGAUUUUUAACCUGUCGUCUGUUAGUGCUAACAAAUGUAAUCUCUGAGCUUCAGUAUUAAUGUAAAAUAUCACUGUUUUAGAUGAUAACAUUGAUAAAUUUACCCUGAGGUGUCAAAGGGUGGUUGCUUGUCGUAAAGCUUAACACUUUACUUUGAAAUGUCCUUUAGCUUUUCAGUGUAUUUGAUGCUCUUGGCUUAUCAGCUGUUAACAGGAGUUAUGUUAUAAAGAUAGGAAUAACCAUUGUGACCCUCCCUACUUGGUAUUAUAAUACUAGCCAGGUAAAUUGAUUUUUAACAUCUCUAUUAUUGUAGGCCCUCUUAGCCGUAUAUUGAAGCAAACCUGAGCUGUCGUUCUUGUGCUGCCAUAAUGCUGUUCUUCUCCAGUAAUGCUGCUGAGUUUAGGUCCUGUGUUUGUGUCGCAUUCGGAUCCUAAAAGUCACUUAACUCACCAUCCAUGUGUCCCAAGGAUGCACCCCUUUUUGGCAAACUCACUUUCUAGCAGAUUGUUGUCAGGUGGUUGUUUCUAUCCAGGUGUUCAAUUUUAUUUUAACAAGAGAAACAGGGGAUGAACAGGAUAUUGCUUGUCAGAGUGAUACAGUGUUAGCUGUUUCUGCUUUCAUGCUUUCUAAAUACAGUCAAUUUGUUUGAUUUGGUUUUCUCCUCUUGUCCAGGUGUUUGCAUGAGGGUAGGACUAAUGUUUAAUAUCAUUCAUUUAUGCAGCAUAACCAAAGUCCGAUAUAGUGAAUCCUGAUCUAAUCAUACUGCUAAUGUUACGGGUCCCAGACAUGGUGACCAAAAUAACAAAAAGAAUGCAAUCUGUAGAAUAAAGGUAGAGUCUUAAAAGCAACAAGAAACAGGAGCACUUGUAUCUCUCUCCAGAUUGCGUCUCUUUAAUUUCAACUGUAUGUUUAAUAUACACUGCAUUUCCUUGUCCUGGAAAGACAUAAAGCUCUAAAAACCUAUAAAGUUCCUUUGAAUAUGCAUCUGUAACUACUAAAACACUAAGUGGACUUACAACCUUAAUUAUGGACUACAUAUGGCACCUUUAAUCUUUCAUUGACUUCAAGGAAAAUAGUGCCUGACUCAGGAUCACUCAGCCAUGUUCUUAUAAAUGCUAAGACUUAAUCAUAUGUGGACAUUGCACCUUAGACUGUAUAUUGAUUAGCUUAACAUGACUGUUUAAACCAAAUAAAACCAAAAACUAAUACAUUCUGGAAAAACCAACCACAUGAAGUCACAUCAGGAGCCUUGUGAAAUAAAUCAGAGUAACAUACUAAGUACAGAGGAUACUGUGAGAAAAUACAGUAUUUAGCGUGAGCUGGCGAACUCUCGCGAUAACACAGCUCGGUAAACUUACUUGAUAGAGAUGAAAUUCAUUCAAAAAUUACUAUCUGUCUCUUACAGAAGUAACACGAAACUAAAAGCUUACAUUAAAAGUGAUUUCAGCCACUACUAACCUGUAGAAUCAAGGUGGAGUCUCAGAGAUUGAGGAAACGAGCUGUGUCCGAAAUGGAUCCCUAACCCCUAGAUGGGGGUUAGGGAUCCAUUUCGGUUAGUGCCAUUUUGAGGAGUGUCCAAAACCUGAUUGAUCAAUUCCAGUGCCCAAUAUAGGCGACUCAAAAUUUCCCAUAAAGCAUUGUAAAAUGUAGUGACCAUCCGAUGGUCACUUACUGGUGGUGGGCAUCCCGUCAUGCAUCCUGUCCUGCCAUGUAGUGUCCGAAACCUCCGGUGAUUGAGUUCACUACAUAGUCAACUAUAUAGUGAAACCCCAUAUGGGGGUCAGGGGUUAGUGAUUGAGUGAUUAAUUUCAGACACAGCCAGGAACACUCAGGGGACAGGAAAUCUGUCCACAAUAGGCAACCGGGAUGUGCGAUUACAGUGAAAAAGGCUCCGCCUAACAUUUCUCUCCUUCACUCACCAAUAUUCAAACAGUAGUACAUCUCAGAAAUGUAACAUAAUACUUGACUCAAUUAUCUGCAUAUUUGCUAAGACAAAGUGCUUAUUAAACAAAGUUCAUUCCAUUAUUUAAUAUAACAACAACAACAAAUAUGGUGGCACACAUUUGGGUGCACACCACACUUACUUGCAAUGUUAAUUACUGGAGAGAAGCAGUAAAAAGAUAUCUUAGACAUGGCGACAGUUCAUAGAGUAUCUGAUGGUAGUUUGUACAGAGAAGACCUAAAAUUAAAGUUGACAAGAAGAUUUCAAACAUCGUCUUGAUUUCUUGGAACAAAGUGUUGUGUCAUUUCUCUUCCUCCGUCUUGUCUAGUGGGUGAUCUGUAAGUGGUAUUCUGAAAUGUUAAAAAUUAUACUGCUCCCUCCACCGGCAAGAUUAUUUAUGAGCAAGCAGUGAGGAAAACAAGUUUUUGAAAAUGCCACUAAGAAAAAAAGGUCAUACAGAUAUUGCCUAUCACCUUUGUUUCAUGAACUUCUUUCUCUUUUGGUAUUUUAUUUUGGGGGGAUUUAUGUGGCUGAAGAAACAACAUUUUUUUUUAAAUGUGAGUGGCAAUGCAAAUGUGAAAGUAGUUUUCUAAUAUAUUUUUAAGAUUUAAAAAUUCUUUGAUACUAACUUCAUUUUUAACAUUCAUGAAUAUAUCUGUUAAUCAUAGCAACACCAUUUCACAAUUCCUGGAGACUCAUAGCAUCAAAAACCUUGCAAUACCACUGCUGCUCUACUAACUGAUUGUAACCAUAGUCACGUGACUGAGGGCGUCCCGUGGCGCUGGAUGGUGUAGCCACAUUUUGAUUAAUGAGUAUGUGGACUGUGACCCCACUGAAAACCUCUGAUGGUAGCGCUUUCUGUGGAUGUUGACUCUACCUCACCUCACAAUGUCACAUUCUUGCCAAUCAAACACAGUUUGCAUUUUAGAUCAGCCAAAGCACUUUGCUUGAUGGGUUCUCCUCUGAGGGUUAUAGUUUUUUUUUGUUUCUGUUGAUUGAUGUGGUCUUUGUAGUAUUUAAUCAAAACACAGGAUGUUGAUAUACCAGCACCAAUAGUUCCUUAUGACGGCUAAAAGUCGAAACAUUCAUAUAUUAAUCCACUGAAGAUGAAAAAAAAAAGAUGUAAUCAUUAUGAUUCUAGACGGUAAAGUUCAGACUGUAUUCAUUCUGAAGUGAAAUGCCCCUUUAAGACGGUUCGGGCACGCUGGUCUUGCUCUAUUUCACCUCUGUCUGGUCACACUUCAGGGGGAGCAGGUGAUGUUGGCUCAGGACCAGCACUGCAGUGUUUUCUAUCAGCCUGACUGUCUGCCCCUGUUCCCUCAGUCUCUCACUCGAUAUCUGGCUUCAUAUUGUCUGAUCAAAACACAGACAGCAUGUUUGUGCAGGAAUGUGCUGCAGAGUGUAACUUUAUAGCCCUGCUUUUCUAUCGACUAGCUGAACCCAAUACCUCAGGGUAAAGUCUUCAUUUGAAUUGUAACUUCUUUUAUCAUUUAUUUAAAAUUUUUCUCAUGUUUUAUCAUUGAGAAAUGACUCCAACACUCUACCACAGUCCCUUUUUCUUUUUUUAAUUCGGUCUUCUGGCAAAAGACAUCUAGAGAUUAGAAAUUGGGCAAAAAUUUGGAAGGGAGAUUUAUUGAGGAUGGUUUGGUUGACGUAUUUUGUGAUAUUUUGCGCGUGAUCUGGAUCUGGCCACUGAAACAGUCUUAAUUUUUUAUCUGUCUGUCUGUUGCUCUUGCAAGGAUGCCUGGUAAUGGAGAAGGCGCUGUGUUAAUGCACUUCUUUGGAAAGUAUCAGACUCGAUUAAUUUAUUGUAGAUUUGCUUAUGAUUUAGAAAAACACUAACAGUUAUGGUUAAGUUCAUAGACUAGCAGUGUUAUAUACAUCGCUUUUGCUGGGGGUCUGAAUCUGACUCUUUUGUGCCUCAUUUGAGGAGCCAAAACUCUAAAACCAUCAAAGAUAGAGUCUAGCUGGUUGGCAGAAUUGACAGAUGAGAGUCUUAUAGAACCAUCAAGACAAGCUCAAGACUACAAUUUGGAUUUUUAAUGGAUUUGAUCAACUUGAAUCAAUUACUUGGAGAGACUUCUGUCUUAUUUUAACUCCUGCAGUUGUUCCAGUAAUACCUGUGUUUGAUAAGGCUGGAAAAUCUGGAAGAACUAACCACAGUCUCUUUUUGUUGAUAUUUCAAAAAAAGCACCAUUAUUGUUUGCAAAUUGUCCUGGUGUGGCUGUAUUGUGUAUUUUUUCCAGAGGUCUCGCUGCAGACCUCCACUGAGAGGACCUACAUCCACUGAGCAGACCGGACAUUUUGAAUGACUUUGACUUUUAAGACCAAAGUGUAACGAGAUGUGUGAGAAACCAUUUUACAGACCAAAUAAAGUCAACAAGAAAAAGAUAAAGAAACCACACAAAGACACGUGGCUCAGCUCAUCAGAACUGUAUUGAUGCUUUUUCAGAUUUGUACAGUUUUGUUAUUAAGAGAUGGGGGAAUAGGGGAAGGGAAGGUGGUUAGGGGUUGAAAGGGUUAGGGUUAAAAGAUGAAGGGAAGGGGGAGGUUAAGAUAAGGAGGGAGUCAGGAAGGGGUUAAGGUUAGGAAGGAUUCAGGAAGGGCGUUAAGGGUAGGAGGGGGAUUAGAAAGGAAGUUGGGAAGGAAGUUAGGAAGACGGUUAGAAGGGGGUUAAUGGUAGGAAGGGGAUUAGGUUUGGGGGGGGGGGGGCAGCUAAUUCUUUCUCUGUCCUCCUCUUCUCUUCUUCUUCUUCCAUUUCUCUUUGGGUUUAUCACCAAUGAGCUCCUCCUCUUCUUUGAGCUCAAUCUCCACAUGUUCGCUCUUCUCCUUCCUCGUCUCUUCUUCAGUCCCAUGUCUCUCCUCCUCUGUCUUCUCCUUACCCUCUUCUGAUGUCUCCUUGUACUGGGAACUAUUCUCCUCCUUCUUAUCCUCUCCUUUCUUCUCCUCCUUCUCUUCUUUUGCUGCCUCCAGCUGCUGUUGCACAGGUUUGUUGAGGUCUGGUUCCUGAGGAGAGAGCUGAGAAAGAACCUGUGUGUUAGUUGAUUUAGCAGAAACCUGAAAGUAUUUUCUAAAGAAUGAAAGAAGUGAUUUUUUCAAUCAUUAGUUACUGUAAUAUACAGGAUCUGAGCUCUGAAGUACCUGCAGAUUGUUGGUCUGGUUAGACAGACAUUUCUGCAGAUUGUCAUGUUUCCUCCUCCAGAACUCUUCAAUCCUCUGAAGCUCCAGGUCUUUCCUGUUUAGCAGGUCCAGUGUGUAUAUGUAGGCUUUGGUUCUCUUUCUUCUUUUUUAACAGCCCUCUGCUGGAGCUCCUCCAAAGACUUUAGGUCCUCCUGGAGCCUACUCACCUGGGAUGUUUUUUUGGGCUAGUUGAUCUUCAUAGGCCUUCACUGCAUCAUCUUAAAAUUUCAGCUGCUGCUGGAGUUCCCUUAAUGUGGCCUCACUUUGGGCCAGCAGGUUCAGGGUUUGGUGCUCCUUUAUAGCAGCUUUGAUGAGGAAAUAAUCUUUUUGCUUCAGCUGCUCUUGAAGCUGGGCCACCUCUCUCUCUCUCUUUGAACCAGAAGGUCCAAGGUGUUGGCAUUCACCUUGUUUAUGACCCCUUACAACUCUGUAAACUCAGCCCGUUUAAUUUCAUGCAAGCUGAUUGUGUCCUUUAGGACCUUAUUUUGCUCCUUCAGAGACUGCAGUUCCUUAAUGGUGGAGCUGAGGGUCUCUCUAAGACUCUGGAUGGCGUUCCCAGCAGGGAGCUGGAGAUUAGAUUCCUGCUGCUGAACAGCAGGCGGUGCGGCCAGCAUGUUUUCAGCUGUACCAAAAGUGAUUGGCACCAUGUUUCCUGCAGAAAAUUGACUGUACAUAUCUGCACAGAAAUUAUACAAAACUGUAUGAUUACAAAAAAAAAGAUUGAUUCCCCUGAUUAUUGAACAAACAAAUGGAUUGCAAAAAAAGAGUUGUCUUCUAAUAUUCUUCGGAUAUGAUUGUAUAGAUAAUAUUGUCGAUAGUUGCUGAUAAUAAUCUUUGAAGAGUUGUAGAGAUGCUGCUAGGACAAGUUUUUGAGUUGAAAUGAUCCUUCUCUACAGGACGAAGGUCCAAAUUCAAGUCCUAUUUUUUCUAAAAUUAAGCCCCUUAUAAAAUUUUCUUUUUACAAUUCAAUGUACAUGCAGGUAUAUCACAGUUGAAUAAUGACAGAGUGUGGAUCAAACAGCUCCUCUUCAUCAUGGCUCUCCCUGUGGGGGUGAGGCCCUCAGGUUGUUGCAGGCAGAAACAUACUGAGCUGCUAAAGGAGCCAUUGAUCCUUCAGAUAGAAGGACUGACAGCUUCUCCUUAGGUGGUAAAGCUGAGAGAUUUGGGUUAUUGGUGUUUACCUUUGGCAUUAAAACACUAAUGUUAGUGAUCAUUUUAGCCUAAUGAACAGAUGGUAAUGCAAAUGAGAAUUCCAACAGGUGAGAAAGGCCCCUAGAGUUUACAUGAAACACACAGUCUCACAUAGAAGACUCUUUUUUAUAUGUCAGAACUUAAGUUAAUUCGAACCUUUUUGUGUAACUUCAGUGAACUAUAGUGAACUCAUAUCAAUAGGUCACUAUUAGGAAACAGUCAGUCUAGUAAUGAUCUAAGUACAGAUAUAAACAUCCGUAUAUUAUCUGUUUUUAAUGUGUUUUGUUUACAGAAGUGAAGAGCUGACUGUCAGAUCAACAAAACCAUUUUUUCAAAGAUUUUCUCAAGUUUGUUGUAAACCUUCAAGUCAAGCUGUAAUUUCCACAUAAACACAACUAUCUAUUUCAAAGUGGUUUAUGGUUUAUUAUUGUCACCCAAAUCUGCUCAAACUCUCUUCAUUGCUAGAACCUUUUUGGUUGUAGUUUAGUAUCUAGUAAGGGUUGACCUGUGAGUUUCCAUUCAGAAAAAAAGUGAUAGGUAUUCAGUGUAAUGAACUUCAUCACCAGAGUCUCCACUGUUUAAUGGAAAUCUGACAUAAAAUAACGGAGGAAAAAAUGUCUUACCUUCACUCUGAUGUCUAAAACAGUCAGCAUCAUCAGUCAUCCAGCUCCAACAGGUUCAUAAUCCACCUAUAUUAUUCCCGUUCGCGUCCUGUUUGAAUCCCGUUUACAACCUCGCGGUCAGCAUCUCAUCCAUUCGCGUGAAAAACGUUUUUAGCGCUGUUUCUGGUCGGCCGGCUCAGUCGUUUAUUUCCUGGUCUUCUUCCACUGGGACACGGACCGCGUGUCGGUACUGACGCGGUGAGUCAGGCCCCAACCACACGAAUGCGGAUAUAUUUCAAACCGCACAUAUUUAUGUCCGAUUAGGCCUCCAUACCACACCAAAACGGGAGUUUGGAACACUCAAACCAGAUAAAUCUGAAUCCAAAAAAACAAGUGGAGAAAUUAAAAAAAUAUCCGUAUAAGUGGAUUCGUGUGGUUGAACUUUUACGGAUCGAUGACGUCAAACCGCAGCUCGCGCAUGCGAAUUAAAAAGAAAAACGACAACAAUGAUGGCGGACAUACAGGGUAUUCUUUACGUUUGUUUUGCCCUUUUGGGGCUAAUUUCAGCCUUGCAAGUGAACCUUGUUUUAUACAACUACAUUCACCAGUCAGCCAACUCACAGAGGCGUCUGCUUUGUUAUAGCCGCCACACCGGCACAUAGACCCGACGCACUAGCGUAGCUUCCGCAAACAAUGCAUGACGCAUCACGCUGUUACGAUUCAUCGGCCAAUCGGGUAGCUUUGUUCCUGAAUUUCUUUUAAGCGGCACCAGAUAGGAUUGAGUUUGAAGGCUACGUGUAGACGCAGAUAUUUUUGAGAACUAACAGGUGUGGACAGAUACAUUUAUUUAGACGGGAGUACAAAAAUAUCCUGAUAAAUAAAUAUCCACAUACGUGUAGUUCGGGCCUCAGUCACGGCCUGUUUGGACCUGUGGUCUGGACUCGGUACCAGGUCCAGUCCAGAGAUGCCCCUGCUGUCGGUCUCUAUCGGGACACCUGAAGCUAAAGCUAGCUAUAAACUUUUUUCACACAAUGGAUGACACGCGCUGACCGCGAGAAACGGGAUGUGAAUAAUAUCGGUGGAUUAUUAAACUGCUGGAGCUGGAUGACUGAUAAUGCUGACUGUUUUAGACUCCAGAGUGAAGGUAAGACAUUUUUUCCUGAAGGUUUGAUCAGUUAUGUCUCUGCACGGAUGUGUGGUGGAUAGAGUUUAGGUCUGAGCUCUGAAGUACCUGCAGGUUGUUGGUCUGGUUAGACAGACAUUUCUGCAGAUUGUCAUGUUUGCUCCUCCAGAACUCCUCGAUCCUCUGAAGCGUAGUUUUUCAAAGCUUUUCUGCAGCAAUGACACAUAGUUCCUGCUGACUGGCUCAACUUCUAUUAAUUUUUGCUGGUUUCGCCAAUCAUUUACCCAGUUUUGAUGUUGUAUAUCGGUACAUCUAAUGCAGGAGAGGAGGGCUGUGAUUGGGUGUGGUUUUGAUUGAGUUCACUUGAUGGGCACGACUGGUUCAUGAAUGGCUACUGUCUGUGUCAGAUCUAAUCUAGGUUUAGUAAGACUACUGAAGACUCAAGCUGGAUGUUCUUUCCAAGUUAACAAAAUGAUGUCUGAAACUCACAUCCUUCUCUUUGUAUCUUAGACACUCAAAAACAAUGUCUUACUGUUUCUUUUCAGUGAUUGAGGAGCUGUAGAAAUAAAAAAUAAUUUGGCCCGAACCUGAUUGAGGCGUCAGAGUGAAAGACUAAUAAAUUUGACAGUGAGCGUUGAUGGAAAAUAGUCAAUUGAUGGAGAAUUUCCUGUGUAUGUCAUAUGGAAAUAAUGCUGGCUGCAUUGUUAUACUUGCGGAGUUGUAACACCAAAUGUUAUCGAAUGUAUAUCAGGUGUUAAGUUGCAAUUGAAGCAAAGCUGUUUCUGUAAAUGUAGGCUGACUGUUGUAUUAUAUUUGCGUAUAGCAGAUUAAUUCAGAUGAAACAGCAAACACUGGGGAGGCGACCUUUUCUGUGAUUCAGAGACUGUAAUAUAUUUGACGCAUAAAGCAUUGGCUGAGUGAAAUGACAUUCAUUUUUUCCCUGCCACCUAUGGGAUGGAUUUUCACUCAAUCCUGUGAGGAAUCGGCUUGCGCUAACACCUGAUUUAUGGCUCUAGGCCGUGCCAGCUUGCUUAAUACAGUUACCAUGGUUACCAUUUCAUUUGCUCGAGCUGCGGGGAUGUGUAUUGGGAUUUUUUUUUACUGUUAACAACCGCAAUGGGAUUUUGUACCUCUCUUCAGUGAUCAGAGAUGGUAGUUCAACAAAAGUCAGGCUGAAAUUAGAUUAAGGCGAUCCUUGUGAGGAAUUUUAAAUUAUUUAAAACUUUUAAAACUGUUUUAUCAUAUCUUUAUGAUAUCAGAACACUCAAAAACAACAUGAAACAGGCUGAAGUUUCUUUCCUUUUUUGUUUCUUUGCUGCACGUGUGGCUUUUUCUGCUCCAUACCCUUGAUACCCUGUCCGAGUCAUGUCUAUUUCUGACAACCUGGUGUUCAGCCCUCAUCGAGCUGUAGGUCACACUUAGGGGUGUUAGUAUUGAUUUUUUUCUACUCACUUUGUAACAGAGUUGUAAAUGUCCUUGAGAAUUGUUGUUUCUUUUUUGCUGCUUGGCUUGUCUCUGGUUGGCAGAUCAGUCCCAGACCCCAUGCAGCUUACAUGUAGAAAUGUGCGUGACAUGAAGCCCAAACUGCCCUCUGGAGCAUAGACAGCAGAGUGUGAAUGCAGACUAAGGGAAUCUGCUGACAGUGGGCACUUUACAGGACGUGCACGAUUGUGGUGUGUGAAUGAGUAAACAUGACAUGUCUUAACAAAAUCAAACAAGUCAAUUUACCACAGAAGGUUGCAAACAGGAAACAUUGGUCAAAAUUCAAUAAAAAAUACAAACACAAAUCCUCCUAGUAAGCAGCUGUUAUCUCACAGAUAUAGGGUGAUGACAUUGUUUUUUAUAGGAGCGGAAGAAGAGGUUCUCGGGUGUUUUACAAUUUUUUUUAGUGUUUAGUGACUAACACACUAAAAAUACAUUUUUUUCCAUUUUGAACUGUUUCUGAGCCAGUAAAUACACAAUAAAUUGAUUUGAGAUUAGUUAAACUUGUUAUGAGAGGAAAUGUCUGUAUUACAGAGAGAUCAGGGUAUCAUCAGCAUACGGGCAGACAUUGUUUUCUUAUAUUUAUUUAAAGUGAACGCUCUAAAGAGUUUUUUUUAAUGAAAGGAAAAUGAAGUUGUGAUGUUUUUAGACACGUUAGAUGAAGUCAUGGCAGUUUCUUUUGAUAGUGAUAAAAACGAACACAAGAAACAUGAUAAAAGUCAACCAUACCUUAUCUAGACUAUGUUUUCAUUUCAAGAACAUUUCAGGCAAUGACUUGUCAUAUUUGCAGUGUAUUCAGAGAUAUGUUUUUGUAUUUUUGUUCCUAAUCUUUUAUUUUGUUUCCCAGUCACUCAUCUUUUGGUAAAAAAGAUCCAAAUUGACGUUUAUUUUGACAGCUUUGCACUUUUUUUCUGUAAAGGUCCUGGGAGUUGUCAGGUUUCUCUCAGUUACAGGUGAGAAGAAGGAAAGGUUGUUAGCUCCUGUCAUGGAUCAUGUUUUAACCCACGGGCGGCUUUUAUGCUGGAGGCUCAUUUCUCUAUGUCCACAACUUGUCUUUUUGUGAACCUUUUGCUUCAAAUAGAAAAUGAAUAACAGCUUUAGUUUGUUAUGAAUGAGCUUUGGUGAGGGGUUUUCCUUCACCAACAUGUUCAGCAAUGAUGAUUAAAGGCUAAAAAAAUGAACAAGAAAAAGAUCUGUGAAGGAAAUCGUGUUCUUCCUUAAUAUAUUAAACAUAGCUCAUCCAUUAAUCUUUUCCUUUCUCUUUCUUUGCAGACCAUGCAAGCGGCGCGAUGCCCAACAGAUGAGCUGUCACUGACUAAUUGUGCCGUGGUGAGCGAGAAAGAUCUGCAGUCAGGACAGUGAGUCUUCAUUACCGCCUAGUCAUCCUCAGCUUAAUCAAUGCAGGAGCACUGCCAGACUCCUCUUCAAUCAUUUUCUCAUCCAUCCUUUCAACCGCCUUAUCUCCCACCUUAUUUAUAACCACACAUCCGAAAGAUAGCAGUCAUUUGAUAUGAUGCUGCACGGGCCACAACUUCUUCUCUUUAUUUUACCAGAUAUUAAAACAGAUUUGAUUGAAUAUAAAAUACAGUGAUAAAAACACCCUUUAGCUUGUCUGAAGGAUAAAUUGAUUGCUUUGGCAAGACUGGGGUAUAAGCUGUAGCUCCUACUUCACCACCAGGCGGAUGAAAUGCUUUUAUUUUCAGUUUAAACAAUCCUCAAAGGGCUUCAGGGGAGACCUGCUCAUACUCAGAUGGAGAGGGUAAACAGAGAAACAGAAAGAGGAUAAUAGAUUGAGACGUGCAGUUUUACAGGAAUUAUUGUGCGACCUGGUCAUAAUGUCAGUAAAUAAAAGGACCAUUAUGAUAGAAAGUUUAGAUGACAUGAGAGAAAUCUGAGGAUGUGCUCUCUUUGUUAUGACAACAGUGUUAGAGAUGAGUGUGGUAUUUUUGUGAAUAUGACUGUAAGGCCUACAAACUAAAGACAAGAGUAUAAUGAUGAAGUAUGAUGUAACACGCCUACUUUUAUUCACAGAUUGUUAUUAUCAGAGUGGAGAUGCUCUUCCAAGAAAGUGGCAUUCGUGUUAAUUUGGCAAAGCUGCACCUUAUUAUUUCACAAAUGACAGUUAAUGGGAAUGAAAUAGAAACUGAACAUCUGUUCAAACCAGGUAUGCACAACAAAGACCUCAAAUAACCUGCUUCUGAUGGCUAGUACUAAUUUGUACUUUUUAAUGUGUACUGUAUACAAAGGUAAAGGUCUAAAAGGUAAGAAAAGCUCAGAUAUAGUGAGCAAAGAUCUCCGUGUUCUUCUCUGUGUUUAAUGGUGGCUCACAAACUGUCACAUAUUUGUCAGAUAAAAAGAAAGCAGCUAUCAUUUGUUGUCUUUAUCAGAUAAGUUGUAUGACCAUUAAAUCGAAGUGAUUUCUACACUAAAGUAGCACCGAUAAAGCUAGAUGUGUGAUAUAAACCUGCCUUUUGUGUGUUGCUGUUGAGUGUUGUUAUACUCAAUGCCUCGCUGUUUCAUGUCACAGUUGAUAAAAAGCCGGAGCCGUUGUUUUUCCGCUCUGCAGCAUGAUAAGCAUUCAGACACUUCAACCUUCUCUGCUGCUUUUAUCUCUUUUUGCUGAAGCAAGAGCCGACAAUUCAAAUGAAAAAAAAACAAGAACGUGAUCUGCUGACAAACAAGUGUUUCAGAAACCAGGAGUGGUAUGCGCUCAUUGCAGCUUAAAGUGCAACAUUACUGAGGAACAUGUUCAUAUGCAUUUGGUAUUAUUGCAUAUUAAGCCGAUACAACAAUAAGGACACAUCUAACAAAUGAUAAUGAUCAACAUAAAUGUGGAACCUGAGGAUGUCCCCAUUCUUCCACUGCCAUGGCAACUGCAGCCUCUUCUUCUUCAUUCAGAGCCCUCGAGCUCUAAUUCUGUGCUGACAACAGUAUAUGGCCUGUUUGUUCUUCUAUUGGUUGAUGGCAAUUAAAAUUUAUGAGUGCUGGUGUGCAGGGAAUCAUAAACAGCAGACUGGAUGUUUUCUGUUAAAGUAACAACUCAAAAGUAUCGCCCGGGUAACCACAGGAUGAGGGAUGAAUCUGAAAGUUAAAGAUGGCGCAUACUGCUGCAAUGACGUAAUGGGUUUCUACAGACUUAACCUUUUCGAGAAAUCGAUUACUCUGCAAAAGCAAGCGUUAACAAACCCUCUCUAUGAGCUCUGAAAGACCCUGCUCUGUUUAUGGAAAGAUAGUGCGAGUAACCUAGUAACCAUCAAGAACUAACCAAUCAGAACUCUUCAGUACGUAAAGCCUCUAUUAAAAGACUAAUUAAACGGUGCUGCAUUGUCUCUGAACACACCACAUCUCCUGAGACCUGACCUGCAGGACUGUAGAAAAAUCUGUGCUGAAUUUCUGUGGAAAAAUAAAAGCUGCCCUUAUAGAUAAAUCCAGUCAAUUAAAGGCUGAAUGUGAAUGGACUGGCCAUAUUAACAGCUUAACAAUACCCAUGUUGCUCUCUAUAUCGCUUUUUAGCUUUGCAUAAUUGGAUCUCUUCCUCAAGUUGUUUUUUAUUUUAUCUGAUAACUACCUACAUUAGAAAAAUGAAGCACAAGUUCUGCAUUUAUAUUUAUUAGCUUCCAAGCAACACAUCUCUAACUGAAGGCAAACCUGGCUACAUGUGUCCUAGAAAUUAAGUAAUGCCAUUCUUUACGAAAACAUGGGACAAAUAUAAUAUAAUAUACACAUACACCUCAUAUUGUAACUGUAAUCCUCUAGUAUUAUAAGGUAUUAUGUAGGAAGGAACAAACUAGAGAAAAGAAACAUCUCUCACAGUGAAAUUUAAAAUAAGAAAUGGUAUUAGCAGGGUUAAACUUCCUACAGUCCCUGCAUCAAUGACACUCGUGAGUUUCAAAAUAUGCAAUAACCUUUUAUUUACUCAGGACGAUUAUCCUUGUACAAACAAAUAUCAUUGAAAAUGUUUAAAAUAGAUAGUUAUAAUGUCAUAUAGAUGUAAACACUAACUAUACGUUUAAUAAAAAUAAUGACCCCACUGUUUGUGUUUAUUUUGUUCUGAUAGAUAAAACUGUACAACUCCGACAGAAGGAGAGUUCUCAGAAUAAUAAAGUCCAUCUGCAUUUAAACUGUUCAGAAAAAAAAAACAUUUUAAAAAUUUAAUAGAUCUUUUAUAUUCUACAUUUUCAAUAUAUUUAAGGUGUCUGUCAUUUCCAUGUUUGAAAGAUUUUUCUACCACUUGUCAGUUUUUUUAUUCUGAGCACAGAAAUAGUAAAGCUGCUGCAGAUUGAACCUUGUAACUCCAGGGGGGGCGACUUGUCUUCUCUCUCUGCAGACAUGUGACUGUGAAGACCACACCCAACCACAAGUUUGCGUUUACAGUGAAGACCCACCACACUGUGGCGCCUGGAAGCAUCGCUUUCAGCCUCCCGCAGGUACACACAUCUAGACACGUGUGCACACUUUACAGCUGUAGUCAAUGCUAUAGAGUGGUAUGAUAAAAUGUCUUCCUCUUGUGUCUUUAAUAGAGGAAAUGGGCGGGUCUCUCGAUUGGCCAGGAAGUGGAAGGUUGGUGCAUUAUAUGAUAUCUGUGAAUGACUGUCUAAAUAGAGACCACAGCUUUUUCUUUUUAAGAUGACACAGUAUAAUCCCCUCCUCUUUUAUCUCUCUAUAUAUUAGAAAACUAUCAUCAUGUGCACUAUAUCACUGUCAUUUUGUUUGCUAUAAUUUCAGCAGCUGACAGCAUAUAUAUAAAACAGAAAAAAUAAGUUUUCCUUGUUUUUUUUUGUUUUCAGCGUAGAGCUGACCAGACCAGACUUAAACAUUCAGUCUUCUUUGGUUUAAAUAUUGAUGUUUGUAUUUCAUUUUCACAAAUAACUUUUUUUUUUUACUUGAGCAACAGGUUUUAUCUGCAGUAUAUCUCCAUCAUGAACAGUGGCAUUUUAAAUGUCGUCUGAUCUACCUGAGACAAGUCAUGUUUCAUUGUGGUUGCAUUUGUUUCUCUGUCUAUCAAAGUCUGAAUCCUUUAACAUCGCUGUGUCUGUCUGUCUGUCUCUCUGUCCUGCAGUGGCCAACUACAACUUUGACAAGUCCAAGCAGUGCAUUGGCGCCAUGACAAUCGAAAUCGACUUCUUGCAAAAGAAAAGCACUGACUCCUCCCCCUACGACUCAGACAAGAUGGCAGCUGAGUUCAUCCAACAGUUUAACAACCAGGCCUUCUCUGUAACCCAGCAGGUUGUACAUAUACUAACACCACUAAUACCACAAUGUAACACCAGCUAACAUUUUGCUUACUUUUUGCACUGUGUUGUGUGGUUGUAUGUGUAUAUAAUUUCCUUUUUUUCCUCCAUCUCUCAGCUAGUGUUCAGCUUCUGUGACAAGCUGUUCGGCUUGAUGGUGAAGGACAUCGAGGCGAUGGACGCCAGUAUCCUGAAAGGAGAACAAGCGUCUGGAAAGAAACAAAAGGUACUCAGCCAUAUGCAGAGCCUGUGGUGUGUGUGUGUGUGUGUGUGUGUGUGCUUCAUCAUCAGAAACAGGAACAUAAAAAGGUCCCUUAAUCUCUUGAAGUAAUUAUCCGCUCUGCAGUAUUCACACAGCUGAUACGUCUUGCAUUGAAAGUCCUUAAAUGAGCCCGAUAAAGAUUAACCUUUGACUGAUUUUCCUGAAAAAAUGCAGCAAUUCAAGAGAAGUUGGAUUCUUCACAAUGAGAGCUAAAAUAAUUACAGUAAUCUUCCUCAGACGUAUAAAUGACGGAGGGUUUUAAGUCCAGAAGAUGUGAAUACAGAGAGCAAUGCUUAGACUUGUGAAGCUGCUCUCUGCAGCUCGCUUCAGACAUUUCUCUGGUCUAAUGAAAAACAUUACAGCCGCAGUAGAAAUCAACAGGGGGAGCGUUCCUCUAAGCUAUCCCUCUGGAUAGUAAUAAAACAGUCAUUAUAAACUCUGUAACAAAAGCCAGGAGCUGAUGCUAAUGUUACUUCUGUCACUGACUUUUAUGGGAGUUUGCUCAUUUUAUCGGGUUACGUUUUUUGGUGAAGUAGUCUCAUCUUGCAACGAUGUCCCCAAGCAAGGUUUAAUGAGUUAAGUUUAUUGAAAAAGUCAAAGGGUGAGCAAGAGAUGUGAUUUUGAAAAGUUGAAGAAGUGAGGCAUUGUUAGCAACUGGUGUACUGCACACAAAGGAUACACUUGAUUUACCAUUUUCACUUCGGACAAAUUUGUUGACUGACUUUUCAAGAUUAAAAACACAAAUAAGCGGCUUUUCCCAGGUGAUGCGUUGCAAACGUAGAUUAAUGUUCGAAAUGAUCAGUAAAUCCAACGAACAGGUGUCUCAUUAUCUGUGUGUUUGAUUGAUGAAAUGGUUAACAUUGUCAUAAAUCACAGACGGACCGUGACUGACUGUUUUCUCUGACAGAUCGAUAUCGGGCUGAUGGUGGGCAACAGCCAGGUGAUUUUUGAAAAGGCAGAGAGUUCAUCCCUCACACUAGUUGGUAUGUUCCUCUUUUUCACCACAUGCAGAUCUUUUUUUUGUGAUAGAUUUUUAUAAAUGUAACACAAAGUUAAUGUAGGAUUAUUUCUGUAUUUUAUAACCAUUAUGAAUUAAAGACUGAGGGCGACCAGAAGAGUCCCAGCUUUCUUCAUUUUCUCCACAGGAUGGCAUUAAGAACACAUAACAGAAUUUAUUUUUACACCAGAUUUUCAUUCAAGUUGUUUUAAAUCAUCAAAGACAUCCCUAGAAAUGACCCCCAUCACACAUAUGUGUGAAAUUUUGUCCAAAAAGUUCCUUUAUGUUUGGAACAGGUAAGGCAAAGACCAAGGAGGCGAGACAGACAAUCAUCAACCCAGACUGGAACUUUGAGAAGAUGGGGAUCGGAGGUCUGGACAGGGAAUUCUCUGACAUUUUCCGCAGGGCGUUUGCUUCCAGAGUCUUCCCUCCAGACAUCGUGGAGCAGAUGGGUGAGAAACUCUCCUCCUCUAAUCUAUUUCUUUUUUUUUAACUGACUUCUAGACUCAGUUUUAUCCCUCUGUCAUUACUCUUCUUCUUGCGCCCCCAUCUGAGUCUCUUCCUGUUCGCCAUUUGUCACUCAUCACGGUUGCCUUUUUUUUCCAGGGUGUAAACACGUGAAGGGCAUCUUGCUUUUCGGGCCACCAGGCUGUGGUAAAACACUGAUGGCCAGGCAGAUUGGCAAGAUGCUAAACGCCCGUGAGCCCAAGGUUGUAAACGGCCCUGAGAUCCUCAACAAAUACGUGGGAGAGUCUGAGGCCAACAUCCGCAAACUGUUCGCUGAGGCAGAGGAUGAGCAAAAAAGGGUAAGAGGUGCUCGGUUUACUUUGAAAUGUUUUUAAUUGUAAUAAAAAAGAGAUGAUUUUUAGCUUUUGAAACUUUUUCCAGCUGGGAGCCAACAGUGGCCUUCAUAUCAUCAUCUUUGAUGAGCUGGACGCCAUCUGCAAACAGAGAGGAACGGGCGCCAGCAGCACCGGUGUGCACGACACCGUGGUCAACCAGCUGCUGUCCAAGAUUGAUGGCGUGGAGCAGCUCAACAACAUCCUGGUUAUCGGUCAGUAGCAUGAGAGGGAACACUGACUAUCCUCAGGAGUUUUAUGAUAUAUAAAACCGGAUGUAGGGCAAACAUUUGACCGUUUAAGUCAACAGAAGCCUCAUAAUCCAUGACCUAGAAGACCAGAACCCCCGGAAGGACUCGCAUUAAUGGUGAAGGACGCUGCUGUUACCAUUUGCAGGGUUACACGCACAGCAAAUCCCUUUAGGAAUAGUUGGAGAUUGAAAGCCUGGUGCUGAUGUGCUGUAUAAUGGAGCUCUCCACCCACACAGUAAAGUCAACCAAUGGGAGGCUGGAAUUGAUCACCUCCCCUGUAACAUGUAAAUGCAAAUAUAAUGGUUAGAUAAGCAAACAGAGAACCGCUGGAGAAACACUGUUCUUACAGCUCUGUGUUCUUCAUACUGAACACAAGUACUGAUUUUCGUACAUGCUUUAAUUUGUUUGUAUUUAGUCACCAGUUUUCUGAAUGGAAGCAUGAAGAUGAUGAACUAAUAUUAGAGCAGGAUUGUUGAUUCUGUUCCUGACGUAGUAUGAAUGUAUAAAGAUAUUAAUUUGACAACAAGCCACAGUCAACCCAAGCCCCUCCAUGAGCCAAACCACGACGUGAAAUCUGUUUUUCUGAGAUCUUGGGAAAACUCCUGAAAUUAAUUUGUUAUCACAACAAAACAGAGAAAGAAAAUACAUUCAAUCGUGUCCUUUCAGGGUUUCUGUAUGUGAUAGAUUUUUAUGAACUGAUUAAAACACCCAGUUUCAUCUAAAAAUUUCUCAUAAUCCUUCCUUUUCAUCAGUCUCUUUGUUUUUCUUAUAAAUUCAGGUAUGACCAACAGGCCUGACCUCAUAGAUGACGCUCUGAUGAGGCCCGGCAGAUUUGAGGUCAAGAUGGAAAUCAGUAAGUGAUAUCAAGCCGUUUCUCUCUUUUACCAUAUGUUUAGCACCCUCUAGUGGUUAACUGUAUAGAAAACUGGUCUGGACUUAUCUGAUAUUUUUUUUCCAUUUUUCUGUGUUUAUCCUCGGCUAAAAUAUUUUACUCCAGACCAACAUUGUUAACUUUAGACAUAUUGCACAUAAAAAUACACAAAUAACUAAAUUAUUUUCACAUUUAUACAUUUAUUGUACCUUUUUCCUGUUCUUCCUCAAUCUGUCCCUCACUCCCUUUCCCACCCCAUCCAUUAUCCCACAUUAACUCCUCUCCUCUCAAAACCCUCGUCUGUCUCAUUCUGCCUCUCUGUCUGACCUCCAGGUCUGCCUGAUGAGAAAGGCCGUGUCCAGAUUUUGACCAUUCACACUAACAAGAUGCGGGGCUACGGCCUGCUCGCUCCUGAUGUUGACAUUAAGGAGCUGGCUGUGGAGACUAAGAACUACAGCGGUGCGGAGCUGGAGGGCUUGGUCAGGGCUGCUCAGUCCACUGCCAUGAACCGACACAUCAAGGUCUCUUGAUGCUUUUAACACCCAAAGUAUAGGGGAGAGUUUAUUUUAGGGUUCCAACUGUAGACAGAAAAAACGUUUUAAAAUAUGAUUAAACAGGUUUUAUAACAGUCUUUAAAAAAAAUAGCUUAAAUUUAAAGAUUAAAUUUACACGUGUAACAUCAACACACACAAAAAUCAACCCAUGAUCUUGAUAUCCAAGAAAUUCUCUUUAUCAAUCCAGGGGCUAAUUCAGACUUCUUUCAGCAAACUACCCAUGCAGGAUGGUGACACAAAGUAUAAGUGUGCUCUCACAUUGGUUACUUAAGUUUAAAUCUCUAUCUUCUCUUAUUGAAAUACCUUAAACUACAUGUUAAGAAGUAUAUCAGUGAUUUUAUAUUAACUCUAAAAAGUAAAACAACAUGGUGGAAAAUUUGACCAACAUGUGAGCCUUCUAAACUGAACAAUUUAAAGAUGUGCAUCAAAAGGAGCAAUUUAAAGAACCAUCUAGAGAAACUGUGCUGCAUUCGAAUGCAAAGACAACUACACAAAUCUCGAAUGGAUGAGGCCCCAAUGAGAAUAAAUCUUGCCCACAGUGGUUUAUGGGGUGACACCCAGGAUGGCCAGUUUGAUUUUAGGAGAUGCCCUCGUCAUACCUAACCCACUCUGGAUCCAUCCUCAGACUCAGCUCGCCCUCAGUUGUUGUUUAGAAAUUCCUCACUGUACAGCAGCACUGAAGGAAGGAAGGGAUUGUACUCUGAAUGCAGAGAGUGCAUCAUGACUCAUUUCAUUCUGAGGCAAGAGGACAUCUUUGGAAUUUAAUUUUUAAAAAAGACUGGUCAAGGGAAACCUUUGUAAUAUCAAGGAUGCCCAAUGUUAUUGUCAACAUAUGAUAUAUUUUGUUAUAGCCUCAAACGUAGUUAUCUUUUUCAGCAGGUAUGAACAUUGUGCACUUACAGAUACUAAAGUAGACACAGCUGCCUGAGUUUUGAGUGCACUGUGUUGUGGAAAUACAUCCACACUCUUUAUUAAGAUAUUCAACUACCAUACAGUAGCGGCUUCUGAAGUCCCCUGAUGGCCAUUUCUAAUGACCACAUCUGUUUGAUGAUUUUCUACAUGAUUUUAUUUUGAUUCUGAUUCAUUUGUUUAUUUUUCCUCUCUUAGGCCACAUCUACUGUGGAGGUAGAUAUGGAGAAGGCGGAGAAAUUGCAGGUCACCAGAAACGACUUCAUGGGAUCCCUCAACAAUGACAUCAAACCUGUAUGUCCCACCUUCCUCUGAGGCUUUGUUUUGCGCUCUACAAACCAGAGUAUAAUCCCCUUACUCUCCUCUGACCUCUCCAUCUUUGCAUUCAGGCCUUUGGUACAAAUGCAGAGGAUUACUCCAGCUACAUCAUGAACGGGAUCAUCAAAUGGGGCGAUCCUGUCACUCAUGUCCUGGAUGAUGGAGAGCUGCUGGUGCAGCAGACCAAGAACAGUGAUCGCACGCCGUUGGUGGCUGUCCUACUGGAAGGUGAGAAGUCAGAAAAACAAAAUUAACAAACUUUAAAUAACAUAGUAAACACAAAACCAUAAACUAAAACUACUAGUUAGUGUGAUCAGAUGGAGUAAUAAAAAAUAUAUAAGUUUCUGUUACAGGUCCAUAACAUCAGUGAGGCUCAUAUAAAAAUGUUCAUCAUCCUAAAAUAUAGGGAACUGCACAUUGUUCAUUAAAUCCUGUUGCAAACAUACUGUCAGUUAAGCAAAUUGGAAAGCUAUCCACAGACUCAUUUUAAGUAAAAUACCUCAAACUAUUUUUUUUUUUUCUAAAUUGAUCAAGAAACUCUAAACCUAAACACAAACAUCUUCAAACACAAGCAGGCUUUAAAAUCUUAUCUGAACUCUCUGCCCUACAGGUCCACCCCACAGUGGAAAGACAGCCUUGGCGGCCAAGAUUGCCGAGGACUCACAGUUCCCCUUCAUUAAGAUCUGCUCUCCAGACAAGAUGAUUGGACACUCAGAGAUCUCAAAGUGCCAGGCAAUCAAAAAGGCACGUGCUGCAGAGCGUCUGCACCCCUAUAGCAUGCAAGCAAAUGAUGACAUAUUUGCAUUUAAUCAUGUCUUAUGAAAGUAUACGAUCUGCUGAAUCGCUGCCUUCCUUUCAGCACUGACUCCACCAUCAUUUUUCAUCCAUUCAUUCUUUGAACUGGCCUUUUUCAAUGUGCCCCCCCCCCCCUCCAGGUCUUUGAUGAUGCCUAUAAGUCCCAGCUCAGCUGUGUGGUGGUGGAUGACAUUGAGCGUCUGCUGGACUAUGUGCCCAUCGGGCCUCGUUUCUCCAACUUGGUCCUCCAGGCUCUGCUGGUGCUGCUGAAGAAGCCCCCACCAAAGGUCAGAGUUCACCUCCUAUCUGUGCACAGAUUGUUACUAUAGCUCCUCAAAAAGACCAAAUCCAACUAAUGAAUGUCAUAAACAACCUGGUGUUUUCUGUCAUUCAGAAAUCUAUAUUAUCUAAACCAGUUGGAUGAUUGAUCGGCCGAUUACUGGCUUUUUUUUUUUUUUUACAGAUGGGCAUCAUAUUGCCAUCAGCUCUCACAGGGCUGAUAUCACCCUAUAUACAUAUAACCAUGAACAUUUCAUUCUAUUAAGCAUGAAGUAAAGGAUUUAUACAUUACUUUACUUAUUUUAUUUUAUUUUUUAAGUAUAUUUUUGGGGAUAUUUUUUUGCCUUUAUUAUUAGGACAGAUUGGAAAUAUGGAGAGAUAAAGAGAAAUGGGGGAGGACAUGCAGCACAUGGUCGUGGCCGGACUCGAACUCACGACCACUGCGGGGACCGUGGUCCCCAUACAUGGGGCACGUUAUAUAUGACUUUUUAAGAUUUUAAUCUCAGUAGCUUGAAAUUUUUCAUUUCCUUCCUAACAUUUAAGAUGACUGGAUGGGCAUCCAAAUUUCCUUUGUGGCAAUAAUUUACUGAGAAAAAUAUUUUUACCUCUAAAACUAUUCAAUUAAAUGUUUAUUUUCCAUUUGUUUUGAAUUAUUAUUAUUGUUAUUAUUAUUAAACUGUAUUUUAUCAAAUGCAAAAAAAAAAAAAAAAAAAAAAAACUUGUUGAACUUGUUGACAGACUUUCUGUGGACACUCAUGUAGAGGAAACCUUAUUUGACACUCUUUUCACUUAAUAAAAAAGGACCAAGAGGCAGACGUCUGCUUCAGUCAGACUGACAUGGUACGAGGAGAUCAUGACAAUAUCAAAGUCAUUGCUGUGGCUGGAUCCUGGUUUGCUGCUCUUGCUACUGUAGACCUCAAAGAAGGACAAGAAUCCUGCAGAAAAAUACUGUGUGACUUCAAAACAUUAUAUUUUGAUUCUAACCAAACAAUGUUUUUUAUAUUCAUCUCUAAUGUAAUAUUAACGACAGUUCAACUUUGAAACUUAAACAGUAACAUGCUGUUGAUGAAUUCAGGAGUACAGGAAUAGACUGCAUGUACUGAAUGCCUCUACUCACAGAAGGACGCAGAUAACUUCAGUGUUUGGCCAAACAGAAAUCUGAUUCCUGAAAGAUAUUAAUAUGAUGAAUCAUGAAUCAUGAAUGGACUUUUUCUUUAUUUUACUGUUUUCUCUACAGAACCAGCUGUUAUAGGGCCAGACAUUAAAAAAAUUAUCUGAUAUUAUACGUAAAUGCUGUAGUUCCAGUGUUCAUUUACUGAAACUCGCAGAGCAGGUUUUACAUAAAGCCUCCAAGUGAAAACAAGAGGUGAAGAGGAAUUCAUGGUGUUGAAAUCUAAAUGCACUAACAGGUUCAUGUAACCAUCUUAAUCACAGAGUUUUCUCAUCAGGUCAACCAAAGUCUAAUGAGAACAUUUGUUUACCUUGUAGCGAUCUCAUUGAAUUUAUUUUCCAUGUGGUAAAAUAAAGUAAAGAUGACACAUGUCAUUGACUGCUCCUUCAGGGUCGGAAGCUGCUCAUUAUUGGCACCACCAGCAGGAAGGAUGUCCUGCAGGAGAUGGAGAUGUUGGACGCCUUCAGCACCACCAUCCACAUUCCCAACAUCUCUACUGGGGAGCAGCUGGUUGACGCUUUAGAGGUACAGACACACCAUCACAAACACUUCCUCUAAUGUCAUCUGCACACUUGAUUGAAGGUUCAUAUGUGAUUCUGAGCUUUGAAUUACAAGUAACUAUUCACUAUCCUUGAAGGGAGACAUUCAAGCACACCCUGCUUUGACAGAUACAGCUCUCUAACCUGGCUGUGUGCAAGGGAAGAACAUUCAGAGUGUAAACCACUUGACCUCACUUGAAAGGAUGUUUUCACCCGCUAUCUUUCUUUUGAAGGUUUUGAAGCUCAGGGUCUGCACCUCUCUAACGCUCUGUGUCUUUUCUGUAGCUGCUGGGGAGCUUCACAGAUAAAGAGCGGGCCAGCAUCGCACAGCAGCUCAAAGGCAAGAGGGUCUGGAUCGGCAUCAAGAAGCUCCUGGUGCUCAUUGAGAUGUCACUGCAGGUAAUCAAGACGCACAAAAGCAGGAUAGUAAAAGGAACAUGAAAACACAGAUUUGGGAUAAGUCAUGAAUCUGAAAAUGCAUCUUUAUUGCUCCUGUUUCAUUUAAAUACAUUCAAAGUUCUCUCCUGAAAACAGCUACAGCAGGAAAUAAGGAUUUCUAUGACUGUGAUUGAGUCCUUCUUUACCAAUGUGCUGCUGAAACUCAAGAAAAGCAAAGUAUACAUAAGCAAAAGGACCGUUCUCAAUAAUGGCUCUGUCUUCUAUGGCAUAAAGAUCUCACAUUACUGAUACCUACCAACUAUUAAUCAUUCUCUGCUCUCUUUGUCUCUAGAUGGACCAGGACUACAGAGUGACCAAGUUCCUGUCUCUUCUCAGAGACGAGGGGGCGUGAGUACAAAACCUCUGCACCAAUCAAUCUCCUUUUCACCACUUGUCCACUUACAUCGAUCUAAACCCUCUACUUUUGUUUCCAUUAUCACCUUUGUGUUUGUUCUGCUUUUACUCUCAAACCAUUUUUGUCCACAUGUAUUGAGAAACAUCAUCAUCAUCUACAGGACAAACACAAACUUCUACAUGACUCAGUAAUGUUACAAAAUAAUGAAUAUUGAUUUUAAAGAUCCUAAUCUUGUAACUCCACACUGCGCACACAGAGAAGAUGUAGCUAACAGUACAGAGAAGGGCCUCUUCUCACUACAGUUUACUGCAAUAACUGCAUUAUUAUCAUUAUCACCAGGUUGAAUGAAGGCGAUCAAAUCCGAAUUUAAGCCGUCGGUCGCUCUUGCUGUGCGCUGGUAAGGUCAUUAUUAGAGCAAUAAGACGUGUGUCUGAAGCUAUCUAGAACCCGGUUAGCUUAGCAGGUAGCGGCUACAUUAGCAUUAGCACUAGAUUUCCCAUUGUCUAGUGUUUGAUUGUAGAUUUGAAAGAAAUAAUCACCCUGUAAAAUGUGUUUCUUUCUUUCAUGACAUGAUAUGUUACAUAAUUUUUAAGUCUCCUAGCAGUCUUGUGGGCUCGGCUCUGUAACUUUGACACCAAGAUAGUGUACAGAGAAAAGUCAUGAAGUUGGAUCACUCAUAAAGCACUGUGGUUUGAUAACUUUGGCAUUAGCGGUUAGCUUUUAUUGUGUGAUUUUGUUUCAAUUUUUAAGAAGCUAGUGUGUCCUGAAGUUACACAGCCUGGCUUUCAAAUCCCUUUUACUUCCCAUCUCACACCUCUGUCAUUAAGAACACGUACUUUGUUAAAAUAGAGCUCUAAAAUGUGUUUGUCUAACAAUAUAUGACACUCCAAAUAUAGUAUUAGCAUGAAUGUUAUUUUGUUAACCCAAGGAAUGCCUUUUAUAGAUACAAAUGUGUCUUUGUAAGGUGAGAUGUUAUUUUCUGCUCAUUAUUGACUUUGUCGAUACUGCUGACUCUUACAUAUAAUAUAUUUCUCUGUUUAAAAGUGCAAAUACAGAUUAAACUAAAUGAGUAAUACAUAUAUUUAAAAGGAUCUGCAGUAUUUAUGCAUUAACAUAGAUUAUAAUACAGUUCAUGUGAGUCCCUGUUACAAUAGCUGAUUACUUUUAAUGGAAGUCUUUACAAAGUAGCAUGUCAAUGAUUUGACCCAUGAAAGUCUAUGAUCACAACCUCUGAUCACUCACUGGCAUGUAGUGGUACAUCACAUUUUUGGGGCCUUAACUGUACUAGUAUAAAACUGUUAGACAGAACUGAUAAUUUCCUCAUCUUAACUUCUCAUCAGCAUCGUUUCUGUGGUGCCAGAAUUUGAUUUUAUGAUUUCAUGAUGUGCAACCACCUGUUAAAAGUCUGGGGCACAUCUGUAGGACAGAUACUGGGAAGUCUUUGCAUGCUUAUGAUGCCUGGUUUUAAAGAUCUCAGAAUUACACUUUUGGUGCCUGAAGAAAAUACAAAUUUUAUUCUAUUUCUAAAAAAACUAAAGGCUAGUUUCGAAGUUGAAUUUUUGGGGGGUGAGUGUUCGAAGCAUUGCUGUGUUACUUUGGCAAUCAAACAAAUGGAUUCAACCCCCCUGCUUACAGAAUAUGGCAUCUAAGGCUUCAUAAGGGCUAAUUUUAUGUUGUUGCUUUCUCUUUAUUCUAUAGCUUAAAUGCUGAUCAUCGUUUUGUAGUCUUAUCAAGACUCCGCCCAGUGUUGUGCUGUUGUGUGAGUACACAGGAGCAUGUUAAGGGUACCCCUCUUAAUCAAGAAGUUCGUAAGGGGGUGGUAAUGCACAUUAAGACACCGAGAGCUCAAAUAUCUCUUCUCCUCUUUUCUCCUCCCUGUGUUUUCUAGUGAUCGCAGCUUUUAUGAGUAGAGGGAGAAGCAUCACGACACCAACACACCACCCCUGAAACAACUCAAGGAAGAGCAGAAGAAGAAAAAGAAGAAGAAGAAGAAGAGCUCUUCCUCCGGUCUUUCCAUCUACUGAUCCAUCCCUCCGUGUAAUAACCUGGUCAAAGAGAAGAACACACAAGUCCUCUAUUCAAGCAUGUUUCCGUGGGCAAUAUCACAGUCUCACCUUCCUCCUACUUAUCAUCAUCAUCAGCUUCCCUUAUUGACAUAUCACAGCAGUCGUACUGUUACUCUCCUGUUAUCUGUAAAGAAAUCGCAAUAGAUGAUUGUAAAAAAAAAAAAGUGCUGUUUUGUGCAUUGUGCGUAAAAAAGACAAAAAAGCCAUGUAUGUUUAAAACUGUAGUGUUUCUCGUAUUUGUUGCAUAUCUCUUGUUAUUGUUAGUGUGAUAUGUAUCCUCACAAACUCAAGUCGUAUAAGCAGAAUACGUCCAAAAAUGACACUGAACCCCAAAGCCCUUUGAGUAUUUAAGAUGUGAAUCUAUGAGAGGCUUUUAGUGACUGUGUAGUGGCUGUAAAAAAAAAGGCGCUGUUUUAUGUAUAAGUUAACCCUUUAAAGAUACAGUAUGUAACUUGUUCAUGUUCUGUAAAUAGUAUAUAUAGACAAAUAACAGUAUAUGAUGGGAAUAAAUGAUCAGUUUUAAGUCUGUUUCAUACAAUAUCAGUAUGAUUCUUCUUCCUUGUGUCUCUGGAGAUGUUGAUAUUACUAGUUUACUGUAAUAGUAAAAGUAUAUGUUGGAUUGUUGGCCUGUCUGUCUGUGUUGCGUACAGUACAGUUCAGUCAAGCUAGUUUCACAAUGACAGCCUCAGUGUUAACGACAAAAAAAAUAUAUUCUGCACUUUUAACAUCAACUCAAAAGACCUUUAGUACUUAUAUGGGGGGUUCUUGGUUAGAUUUAUGUGUCUGCUGGUGUGCAUGUGUGGAGAACUAAGUGCUGCAUGUGUAAGAGUGUGUGUGAGCGUGUGGUAGUGCUUUUGGGUGUGAGUGUGCGAAUCUAGGUUCAGGUAGCUGCUUGUUAAUUUGUGGGGUUUUUUCUCAUGUUGUGUAUUUAGUGCUGAUCGUCCAAGGUUCUCGUUUUGUUCGGAUCAUUGACGUGUGUAUGUGUUUGUACGUACGUGUGCGUGAGUGUGUGUGUAAAUAUAUCUAUCAAAAACAUGCAGAUGUAUUAUUGCAAUAAAAGGCACAGAUGCACAUGAAAAAAGCUGUCUGUUAUUAAUUUAUUGAUUGAUAGAUGGAUGUAAAGCACUAAUUACAGUAAAUUUCAAAUUAAAGGUACAUGUAUUUAA